CGUUUUCAGCGCGCGUGCGGUGCGGUUCUCUGCCAAGUGGGCUUCUCUCUGGACAGUGUGUUAAGUGUUAAGUUCGGCUCCAGCAGUCCGGAUAGAUCAUCUGAGCGGAGAUCGUUGCCUUAUUUGAAUAGGCGGGGAAUCUAACAUCCAUCGCCUAAUUGCAGUGAAAGUUGCCGGGCAUUUUUCAGCUAUUUUACCCUGUGAAAAUUCCGAAAAACCAAACGCGCGCAAAGCAAUCCAAAGUGUUCAUAAGAAAAGCGUUUAAUAUUGUUAAGUACAACAAUACGUUUUAAUACAAAUAUUCAAGUGUCUGUGAGUCUGCCAAAGCCGUCGCGCAGUGUGUGUGUGUGUGUGUCUUUCUGCGCUUUUGACGGCAAAUCGCUUUUGGCAGCUGCUUUGGCAGCAGCCAAGUAAGAAACAAGGCUUUUUUGCUGGCGUCGAUCUUCGUUGGCAGCUGUUGGCAGUAUGAACUGAUUUUGGCCGAAAGUUGAUGAAUAAAAUGCAAAAAUGAAAAUAUUUUUGCCACUAGUCACGUGGAUAGUGCUACUACUCUCGAGUGCAGUACAUUCACAAUAUUCACAACAACCGCAACCAUUCAAGACGAACUUGAGGGCGAAUAGUCGGUUUCGCGGCGAGGUCUUCUACCUGAACCUCGAGAAUGGCUACUUUGGCUGCCAAGUCAACGAGUCCACCGAAUAUUUGCAGCUAUUCAACCUAUCGAAACUAUGCGACGGUACCCAAGAUUGCUUCCUGGGUGCCGAUGAGUUGAGCAAAGAGCUCAAAUGCACAAAUGACUGUGAUGGCACCAAGUGCACACAUGGCGCGUGUUUGAACGGCGUCUGCCAUUGCAAUGACGGCUACGGCGGCUGCAAUUGCGUGGACAAAGAUGAGAACGAAUGCAAACAGCGGCCGUGCGACGUGUUCGCCCAUUGCACAAACACACUGGGCAGCUUCACGUGCACCUGCUUUCCGGGCUAUCGUGGCAAUGGCUUCCAUUGUGAAGACAUUGACGAAUGCCAAGAUCCCGCGAUAGCAGCGCGAUGCGUGGAGAACGCCGAGUGCUGCAACCUGCCGGCGCACUUCCUCUGCAAGUGCAAGGAUGGAUACGAGGGCGACGGCGAGGUUCUGUGCACGGAUGUGGACGAGUGCCGCAAUCCGGAGAACUGCGGUCCCAACGCCCUGUGCACCAACACGCCGGGCAAUUACACAUGCUCCUGCCCGGAGGGCUAUGUGGGCAACAAUCCGUAUCGGGAGGGAUGCCAGGAUGUGGACGAGUGCUCGUACCCGAAUGUCUGCGGACCCGGUGCCAUAUGUACGAAUCUCGAGGGCAGUUAUCGCUGCGACUGCCCGCCGGGAUACGACGGAGAUGGACGCUCGGAGUCCGGUUGCGUGGACCAGGAUGAGUGCGCACGGACGCCAUGCGGUCGGAACGCGGAUUGUUUGAACACGGACGGCAGCUUCCGCUGCUUGUGUCCGGACGGCUACAGUGGUGAUCCCAUGAACGGCUGCGAGGAUGUCGAUGAAUGCGCCACUAACAAUCCAUGCGGUUUGGGUGCUGAAUGCGUGAACCUGGGCGGUAGCUUCCAGUGCCGCUGUCCCUCCGGCUUUGUGCUGGAGCACGAUCCGCACGCGGAUCAGUUGCCCCAGCCGGUGAACACCCAACAAUUGGGCUACGGGCCGGGGGCGACGGACUUGGCGCCCUAUCAAAGGACCUCGGGCGCCGGUCUGGCAUGCCUGGACAUCGAUGAGUGCAAUCAGCCGGACGGAGUGGCCAAGUGCGGCACCAAUGCCAAGUGCAUUAACUUCCCCGGCUCAUACCGCUGCCUGUGUCCCAGUGGAUUCCAAGGACAAGGCUAUUUGCACUGCGAGAACAUCAACGAGUGUCAGGAUAAUCCGUGUGGGGAGAAUGCGAUCUGCACGGACACCGUUGGCAGCUUCGUGUGCACAUGCAAACCGGACUAUACCGGUGAUCCGUUCCGCGGAUGUGUGGAUAUCGAUGAGUGUACCGCGUUGGAUAAGCCCUGUGGACAGCAUGCGGUAUGCGAAAAUACGGUUCCUGGCUACAACUGCAAGUGCCCACAAGGAUAUGAUGGCAAACCCGAUCCCAAGGUGGCCUGCGAACAGGUGGAUGUCAAUAUACUGUGCAGCAGUAACUUCGAUUGCACCAACAAUGCAGAGUGCAUUGAGAAUCAAUGCUUCUGCUUGGAUGGAUUCGAGCCCAUUGGAUCCAGUUGUGUGGACAUCGAUGAGUGUCGCACCCACGCCGAGGUGUGUGGUCCCCAUGCCCAGUGCCUGAACACGCCCGGGUCGUACGGCUGUGAAUGCGAGGCGGGAUAUGUGGGCAGUCCGCCAAGGAUGGCGUGCAAGCAGCCAUGCGAGGAUGUUCGCUGUGGAGCCCAUGCUUACUGCAAACCGGAUCAGAAUGAAGCCUACUGUGUGUGCGAGGAUGGAUGGACCUACAACCCGAGCGAUGUCGCUGCGGGAUGUGUGGACAUCGAUGAGUGCGAUGUGAUGCAUGGACCUUUCGGAAGCUGUGGCCAAAAUGCCACGUGCACAAACAUGGCUGGAGGCUUUACAUGUGCCUGCCCUCCUGGAUUCUCGGGAGAUCCGCACUCCAAAUGCGUCGAUGUGGAUGAGUGCCGAACCGGAGCCAGCAAGUGUGGAGCUGGAGCUGAGUGUGUGAACGUACCCGGUGGUGGAUAUACCUGUCGUUGCCCCGGGAACACCAUUGCUGAUCCGGAUCCUAGUGUAAGGUGUGUGCCCAUUGUCAGCUGCUCCGCUAACGAAGACUGCCCGGGUAACUCCAUCUGUGAUGCCACAAAGCGCUGUCUGUGUCCGGAACCGAAUAUUGGUAAUGACUGCCGUCAUCCCUGCGAAGCCCUUAACUGUGGAGCACAUGCCCAGUGCAUGCUGGCCAACGGACAGGCUCAGUGCCUGUGUGCUCCCGGAUACACAGGAAACUCUGCCCUUGCAGGAGGCUGUAAUGACAUCGAUGAAUGUCGCGCCAAUCCCUGCGCUGAGAAGGCAAUCUGUUCGAAUACAGCCGGAGGCUAUCUAUGUCAGUGUCCAGGUGGAUCCAGUGGAGAUCCAUACCGCGAGGGGUGCAUUACCUCAAAGACGGUGGGCUGCUCUGAUGCCAAUCCUUGCGCGACUGGUGAGACUUGCGUCCAAGACUCAUACACGGGCAACAGCGUGUGCAUUUGUCGACAGGGUUAUGAGCGAAAUCCCGAGAACGGCCAGUGCCAGGAUGUGGAUGAGUGCUCGGUGCAAAGAGGAAAACCCGCUUGUGGACUUAAUGCUCUCUGUAAGAAUCUGCCUGGCAGCUACGAGUGCCGGUGCCCACAGGGUCAUAACGGAAAUCCCUUCAUCAUGUGCGAGAUCUGCAACACGCCGGAGUGCCAGUGUCAAUCACCGUACAAGCUUGUUGGAAAUAGUUGUGUUCUCUCCGGUUGCUCCAGUGGACAGGCCUGUCCCAGCGGAGCUGAGUGCAUCUCCAUAGCUGGAGGUGUUAGCUACUGUGCCUGCCCCAAGGGUUACCAAACCCAACCGGAUGGAAGCUGUGUGGAUGUCGACGAGUGCGAAGAACGGGGCGCUCAAUUGUGUGCUUUUGGCGCUCAGUGCGUGAACAAGCCAGGAAGCUAUAGUUGCCACUGUCCCGAGGGUUACCAGGGAGAUGCCUACAACGGACUAUGUGCACUCGCACAAAGGAAAUGCGCUGCCGAUAGGGAGUGCGCUACCAACGAAAAAUGCAUCCAGCCAGGAGAGUGUGUUUGCCCGCCUCCUUAUUUCCUGGACCCGCAGGACAACAACAAGUGCAAGAGCCCUUGCGAACGCUUCCCGUGUGGCAUCAAUGCUAAGUGUACGCCCUCGGAUCCUCCACAGUGCAUGUGCGAGGCUGGAUUUAAGGGAGACCCACUGCUGGGAUGCACCGAUGAAGACGAGUGCUCCCAUCUCCCAUGUGCCUAUGGAGCCUACUGUGUAAACAAAAAGGGCGGAUACCAGUGCGUGUGCCCCAAGGAUUAUACCGGAGAUCCGUACAAGAGUGGCUGCAUCUUUGAAAGCGGCACACCCAAGAGCAAGUGCCUGAGCAACGAUGAUUGCGCGAGUAAUCUAGCCUGCUUGGAAGGUAGCUGCGUAAGUCCAUGCAGCAGUCUUCUGUGUGGAUCAAAUGCUUACUGUGAGACGGAGCAACAUGCUGGCUGGUGUCGCUGCCGUGUAGGAUACAUCAAAAAUGGCGAUGGGGACUGCGUGUCUCCGUGCCAGGACGUUAUCUGUGGCGAUGGAGCUCUAUGCAUUCCAACCAGCGAGGGACCCACUUGUAAGUGCCCACAAGGACAACUCGGCAAUCCCUUCCCCGGCGGCAGCUGCAGCACGGAUCAGUGCUCAGCCGCCAGACCUUGUGGCGAACGGCAGAUCUGCAUCAAUGGAAGAUGCAAGGAGCGCUGUGAGGGUGUGGUCUGUGGCAUCGGAGCCACCUGCGAUAGAAACAAUGGAAAGUGCAUCUGCGAGCCGAACUUUGUGGGUAAUCCCGACUUGAUCUGUAUGCCACCCAUCGAGCAGGCCAAGUGCUCUCCAGGAUGUGGAGAGAACGCUCACUGCGAGUACGGAUUGGGUCAGAGCCGAUGCGCCUGUAACCCGGGAACCUUCGGUAAUCCCUAUGAAGGCUGUGGAGCACAGAGCAAAAACGUGUGCCAGCCGAAUAGCUGUGGACCCAAUGCCGAAUGCCGUGCUGUGGGCAACCACAUCUCCUGUCUUUGCCCGCAGGGCUUUAGUGGUAAUCCCUACAUUGGAUGCCAGGAUGUGGAUGAGUGUGCCAACAAACCAUGUGGCCUAAAUGCUGCCUGUUUGAAUAGAGCCGGAGGAUUCGAGUGCUUGUGUCUUUCGGGACACGCCGGAAAUCCCUACAGUAGUUGUCAACCCAUCGAGAGCAAGUUCUGCCAAGAUGCAAACAAAUGCAAGUGCAACGAACGAAUGGAGUGUCCAGAUGGCUACAGUUGCCAAAAAGGACAGUGCAAAAACCUCUGCUCCCAGGCUUCGUGUGGCCCAAGGGCCAUCUGCGAUGCCGGAAACUGCAUCUGCCCCAUGGGCUACAUUGGAGAUCCACAUGACCAAGUGCAUGGUUGCAGCAUUCGCGGUCAGUGUAGCAAUGAUGCGGACUGCCUACACUCUGAGAUCUGCUUCCAGUUAGGCAAGGGUCUGCGCAAAUGUGUGGACGCAUGCUCCAAGAUUCAGUGUGGUCCCAAUGCCCUCUGCGUGUCCGAGGAUCAUCGAUCUUCCUGUAUAUGCUCUGACGGAUUCUUCGGAAAUCCAAGCAAUCUACAGGUGGGAUGCCAGCCGGAAAGAGCACUUCCCGAGGAAGAGGAUAAAUGCAAAUCGGAUCAGGACUGCAGUCGAGGAUACGGUUGUCAGGCCAGCGUUCACGGCAUCAAGGAAUGCAUUAAUCUGUGCUCCAAUGUCGUCUGCGGACCCAACGAGCUGUGCAAGAUCAACCCAGCUGGGCAUGCGAUUUGCAAUUGCGCCGAGAGUUAUGUCUGGAACCCAGUGGUCUCUUCAUGCGAAAAGCCUUCGCUGCCAGACUGCACCAGUGACGCUAAUUGCCCAGAUGCUUCUGCCUGUCGACCGGAUGUCUUGGGAGUCCUCAAGUGCGUCGCCAUCUGUGAUGCCUUCACGUGCCCGGCCAACUCGGUUUGCGUAGCGCGUCAGCACCAGGGACGCUGUGAUUGUCUCAACGGGUUCGUGGGUAACCCCAACGAUAGGAACGGCUGUCAGCCGGCCCAGAAACAUCACUGCAGAAACCACGCCGAGUGCCAGGAGUCGGAAGCCUGCAUUAAGGAUGAAUCUACCCAGACUCUCGGAUGCCGUCCAGCUUGUGAUACGGUGAAAUGUGGACCCCGAGCCGUUUGCGUCACCAACAAUCAUCAGGCGCAGUGUCAGUGUCCACCGGGACCUUUCGCCGGAGAUCCAUACGAUCCAUUUAAUGGCUGCCAGAGUGUUCCUUGUGUUUACAACCAUGACUGCCCACCCAGCCAGAUGUGCAACCGUAUGACACACACAUGCUUCGAUGUGUGCGACGAGGAGUCCUGCGGUGACAAUGCCAUUUGUUUGGCUGAGGAUCAUCGAACCGUCUGCCAGUGUCCACCUGGAUUUAAGGGAGAUCCGUUACCCGAAGUAGCCUGCACCAAGCAGGGCGGAUGUGCCGCUGGAACUUGCCACCCCUCGGCAAUAUGCGAGGUUACUCCUGAAGGUCCUGUCUGCAAGUGUCCUCCGCUUUUUGUGGGCGACCCGAAGUCAGGUGGCUGUCGCCCAGAUGGUCAGUGCCCGAAUGGAGACGCCGACUGCCCAGCCAAUACCAUCUGCGCCGGAGGAGUAUGCCAGAAUCCCUGCGACAACGCUUGCGGAUCAAAUGCUGAGUGCAAGGUUAUCAAUAGGAAACCCGUCUGCAGUUGUCCCCUGCGAUUCCAGCCUAUCUCUGAUACUGCCAAGGAUGGCUGUGCCCGGACCAUAUCCAAAUGUCUCACAGAUGUCGACUGCGGAGGAGCACUGUGCUACAAUGGACAAUGCCGUAUUGCUUGCAGGAACAGCCAAGAUUGCUCCGAUGGCGAGAGCUGCUUGAAGAACGUCUGUGUGGUUGCCUGCCUGGAUCACAGUCAGUGCGCUAGUGGACUGGCCUGUGUCGAGGGCCACUGCACCAUCGGCUGUCGCAGCAACAAGGAGUGCAAGCAGGAUCAGUCUUGCAUUGAAAACAAGUGCCUGAAUCCCUGCCAGUCUGCCAACAGUUGUGGUCCAAAUGCGCUGUGCAGCAUUGAUCAGCACCAUAGUCAGUGCAGCUGCCCGGAAGGUUUCGAGGGCAACCCCACCCCGGAACAGGGAUGCGUCCGAGUUCCGGCUCCCUGCCUAGCCAGUAAUCAAUGUCCCAGCGAACACAUGUGCAUUGGAAAUCAGUGUAAUCUUCCCUGCACCAAGACAGCUUCGUGCGCAGUUGGAGAACGUUGCUAUCAACAAGUCUGCCGCAAAGUGUGCUAUACCAGCAACAACUGUUUGGCCGGAGAGAUCUGUAAUUCGGACAGAACGUGCCAACCAGGAUGUGAUUCAGAUGCCGAUUGUCCACCCACCGAAUUGUGUCUGACAGGAAAGUGCAAGUGCGCCACCGGAUUUAUAGGAACACCCUUCGGGUGCUCGGAUAUUGAUGAAUGCACCGAACAGCCCUGCCAUGCCAGUGCUCGAUGUGAGAACCUCCCGGGAACCUAUCGUUGUGUAUGCCCCGAAGGUACUGUCGGCGAUGGGUACUCCCAGCCGGGUUGUUCGCAGCCCAGACAAUGCCACAAACCAGACGAUUGUGCCAAUAAUCUGGCCUGUAUACAUGGAAAGUGCACGGAUCCUUGUAUACAUACUGUUUGCGGCAUUAAUGCCAAUUGCCAGUCGGAAGGACAUGAAGCGCUGUGCAGCUGUCCAGCUGGAUUCUUGGGAGAUCCCAACGACACUGGAGUCGGAUGCUUCAAGGUGGAGUGCAUCGACCAUGUGGAUUGCGCCGGAGAUCGUGCCUGCGAUGCGGAAACCAAUCGAUGCAUUAAACCAUGUGACCUGACCAGUUGCGGAAAGGGCAAUUGCCAGGUGAAGGAUCACAAGGCGACAUGUGCUUGCUACGAAGGAUAUCAAUUAGUCAACGGAGUAUGUGAGGACAUCGACGAGUGUCUGUCGCAGCCAUGCCACAGCACAGCUUUUUGCAACAAUCUUCCAGGAAGCUACAAUUGCCAGUGCCCAGAGGGGUUGAUCGGAGAUCCCCUGCAGGCCGGUUGUCGGGAUCCCAAUGAGUGUUUGAGUGAUGCGGACUGUCCAGCUUCAGCUAGUUGCCAGAAUUCCCGAUGCCGUAGUCCUUGCGAGCGGCAAAAUGCUUGUGGAUUAAAUGCUAACUGCCAGGCACAGGCCCAUCAAGCCAUUUGCACUUGUCCUCUGAAUUCCCGUGGAGAUCCAACCAUCGAGUGCGUGCACAUUGAGUGCGCCGACAACGACGAUUGCUCCGGAGAGAAAGCAUGUUUGGACUCAAAGUGCAUAGAUCCCUGUUCGCUGCCCAACGCCUGUGGAGCUUUGGCUCGCUGCUCGGUGCAGAAUCACAUCGGCGUCUGCUCCUGCGAAGCGGGCAGUACCGGAGAUGCCAAAUUGGGCUGUGUGCAGCUGCAAUAUUGCCAGCAGGACGGACAAUGUGCCCAGGGAAGCAUAUGCUCCCACGGAAUUUGCAGUCCGCUGUGCAGCACCAACCGCGAUUGUAUUUCGGAACAGUUGUGCUUGCAGGGCGUCUGUCAGGGAACCUGCAAGUCGAAUUCAAGCUGUCCCCAGUUCCAGUUCUGUUCAAAUAACAUUUGUACCAAGGAGCUGGAGUGCCGAUCCGAUAGCGAGUGCGGCGAAGACGAAACCUGUCUGAGUGAUGCCUAUGGGCGUGCAAAGUGUGAAUCCGUUUGUCUUGGUCGCGCUGCCUGUGGUAGGAAUGCAGAAUGUGUGGCCCGUUCCCAUACUCCCGAUUGCCUCUGCAAGGAGGGAUUCUUCGGGGACGCCAAGUCUGGAUGCAGAAAGAUCGAGUGCACCAGCGACGAUGACUGCUCGAAUGACAAGAGCUGCGACAACUACAUGUGCAAGAUUGCCUGCCUCAUUGGACAGCCGUGCGGAGAGAAUGCCCUCUGCACCACAGAACACCACCAUCAGGUUUGCCACUGCCAGCCAGGAUUCUCUGGAGAUCCGCGGGUUCGUUGCGAUGUUAUAGACUUUUGCCGGGAUGCUCCGUGCGGACCCGGAGCCCGUUGCCGAAACGCGAGGGGGUCGUACAAGUGCACCUGUCCACCGGGACUCGUUGGUGAUCCGUACAACGAGGGCUGUCGCAGCUCUGUUGAGUGCGAGACCAACGAGGACUGUCCCCCGCAUGCCGCAUGCACCAAAACCAAUGGGGUGGCCAAGUGCCGCGAUGUCUGUACCCAGCUGCAAUGUGGUCCCAAUGCGGAAUGUGUUCCGAAGGGCCAUGUGGCGCAGUGUGCAUGCCGCAGCGGCUACGAUGGCCAACCCGCCGACCGGGUGGCCGGCUGUAAGCCGCUGCCCUCUCCCUGUCAGGUCACCGGCGACUGUCCGACCAACACAUACUGCUCGGAUAGCGUCUGCAAACCUGCUUGUGUUCUGGACACCGAAUGUGGAGCAUUUGAAGUGUGUCAAGGUGGCCAAUGCUUCAAUCCCUGCCUUCAACCGCAGGCAUGUGGCCAGAAUGCCGAGUGCGUGAUGCAGAAUCAUCUGAAACAGUGCCAUUGCCCGGAGGGCUUCACUGGCGACUCAGCGAAGGAGUGCGUGCGUGUGCCAGUGGCCUGCGAUGGCGAGUGUGGUCCUGGAUAUAACUGCCGCGACUCCAUGUGCCUGCCUGUGUGCCACAACGAUCUGGAGUGCGCCUCCAACGAAAAGUGCCUGAAGGGCAGCUGUAUGCUGACCUGUCGGGUGGACAAUGAUUGCUUCCUGGGUCACGUUUGCCUGCACAACAAGUGCGUGUAUGGCUGUCAUGUGGACGAUGACUGCAGUGCCUCAGAGUCUUGUCGCAACGAUAAGUGCGUAAACCCCUGUCUGGAAAAUCCCUGUGGUCCCAAUGCUGCCUGCUCGGUGUCCAACCACCGGGCUAGUUGCAGUUGUCUGGAGAGUAUGGUGCCCAGUCCCACACCCCAGGUGGGCUGCGUCCGUUCUCCCCCCUUGGAAUGCCGCGAGAAUCGCGACUGUGGAAAUGGACUGGCUUGCUUCGAGUCGGUAUGUCGACCUCUAUGCGCCGACGAUGCCGGCUGCUUGACCAACGAGCGCUGCCAGCAGGGAGUUUGCAAGCCCCUUUGCCGCCACGACAAUGAGUGUGGUCAUGGAGAGCUCUGUUUGGGCCUGAACUGCGUACCUGGAUGCCGUUCCGAUCAGGGCUGCCCGCAGGACUUGUCCUGCGUGGGUCAGCAGUGCGUGGAUCCAUGUGCAGAUCCCACUGCCUGCGGCACCAAUGCCCAGUGUCAAACGAUUGAUCACAGGAAACAGUGCCUAUGUCCAGAGGGUCUUGAUGGCAAUGCCAAUGUGGCCUGCAAGGUGCCACGCAUUGCUUGUGGCAGGAAUGAGGAUUGCCAGUCGAAUCAGCUAUGCUAUGCCGGCAGCUGCCAAGGAAAGUGCAGAAACGACCAGAACUGCUUGGCCGAUGAGCGUUGCAUGAGAGGAACAUGUAGAACCGUAUGCAACACCGACGAGGCAUGUGCUCAGGGACAGAUUUGCGAGAAUCGAAUGUGCCAGACUGGAUGUCGCACCGAUUUGAGUUGUGCCACCGACGAGGCCUGCGUGAACAAGAAGUGCCAGAAUCCAUGUCGCACACCCGGCCAAUGUGGCCAGUGUGCCGACUGUCUUGUGGUCAACCAUGGAGUCCAGUGCCAGUGUCCCGCCACCUUUAUGGGAGACGGUUUGACUGGCUGUCAACUCCCGCCGGAACGCUGCCAUCCUGGCUGUGAAUGUGACGAAAAUGGAGCCUAUUGUGCCGCAAAGUGCUCGAGAACCGAGGAUUGCGCCUGUGGACAACAGUGCGCCAGAGGAAAGUGCCGGAAUAAGUGCGGACCCAAGCGCCAGUGUACGGUGGGUCAGCUUUGCGAGAGAGGCGCAUGCAUUGCCGGGUGCAAGUCAAACGGUGAUUGUGCCGCGGACCAGAGUUGUGUCAAUGGAAAGUGCUCCGAUCCAUGUGCGAACGAGAAGGCUUGCGGACGAAAUGCUCUUUGCACUGUGUCCGAGCACCGGAUGCUCUGCUACUGUCCAGAUGGAUAUGAAGGCGAGCCCAGCAAGGAGUGCGUGCAGUUCGAGUGCCGUGUGGACACCGAUUGCGACAGCAAUAAGCGCUGCGACCAAGGAAAGUGCCGCAAUCCUUGCCUGGAGUAUGGAGCUUGUGGAACGAAUGCUCAGUGUCGAGUGGUGGGUCGCAAGGCCCAAUGUUCAUGUCCACCGGACUUCUUUGGCAAUCCGACUAGUGAGUGCCGACCGCUGGAAGGAGGAUGCUCUAGCAAACCCUGCGGUGAGAACUCCAAGUGCACUGAGGUGCCCGGAGGCUAUGAAUGCGCUUGCAUGGACGGCUGCAUUGGAGAUGCCCACCAGGGAUGCCUUUGCGGCGGACCUCUAGUGAAUGCGUGUCGCGAUCAACCGUGCGGUCUGAAUGCCGCUUGCCACGUAUUGGAUAACAAUCAAGCCGAGUGCUACUGCCCGGAGGACUUCCCCAAUGGUGAUGCCUAUGUCCAAUGUUACUUGACUACGCCGAAGCAGGAUUGUCGUACCCUAGGAUGCGAAGUCGGCGGCUGUGUACGCCAGGGCUAUGAAUACGUUUGCCAGCAGGACACCGAACAAUGCUACUCAGAUACGGAUUGUCCCAGUGAAAAGUCAUGCCUCCAAGGACACUGCAGCGAUCCUUGUACAAUGCGUGGCGUGUGUGGUUUGAAUGCUCUCUGCAAAACCGUACUGCAUCGACCGCGCUGCUCCUGCCCCAGUUGCCACAUCGGUCGGCCAGAGAUCGAGUGCAAGUCUGAUCCCAAGUGCGUGGCCGAGGACACGGACCCAAAGACCAAGGAGCAGAUCCAAUGCUCCACCGACUCCGAGUGUCCGGAGACGUUGCAGUGCGGCCAGUACGGCCAAUGCACAGAUCCGUGCAACAAUCCGCUCUUCAUCUGCGAGAGCAACAAGAAGUGCGAGACGCGACGCCACCAGCCCGUUUGUAUCUGCAAGUCGGGCUUCAUAGUGAAUGAGUACGGAGAACUGACGUGCGCCCCGGACAAGCGGGAGUGCUAUCGCGACGAUGACUGCGCCUCGAACAUGGCCUGCUCCGAUGGCAAGUGCCGCAAUCCCUGCAUCGUGCCCCUGGGCCGAACCGCCAUUUGUGCCGAGAACAAGUCCUGCGAGGUGCAGAACCACAAGCCAGUCUGCAUUUGCAUGCGCGACUGCCAGCCAUCCAUAUCGAUUUGCCUGCGCGACGCCGGCUGUCCGGCUAGCCAGGCUUGCCGGAAGCUCAAGUGCGUCGAUCCGUGCGAGUUUGCCACAUGCGCACCCAACUCGCCAUGCAUUGUCGAGGAUCACAAGCCGAUAUGUAAAUUCUGCCCAGCUGGAUUUAUAGCCGAUGCCAAGAAUGGAUGUCAAAAAGAGAUUGGAUGCGCAUCGAGUGAUGAGUGCCCGUCGCAGCAGGCGUGCAUUAAUGCUCUUUGUGUGGAUCCUUGCACCUUUAACAAUCCCUGCAGCCGUAAUGAAGAUUGCCGAGUUUUCAACCACCAGCCAUUGUGCUCAGCCGAGCAUGGUCGCACGCCUGGAUGCGGGCAUUGCCCACCAGGCGCGAACUGCGAUCCAACAACCGGUGCUUGUAUAAAGGCUAAUGUAACAAUAACAACUAUUACUACCAAGAACUCCACAUCUACCAAGAUACCAACGAAACCAAGAACAACAGCUAACCCAAACACAGGCGUCAAAACGACGCCGACAACCACAAGGGUCACCACAAGAAAUACCACCACGACCACAACCACUACUACCACUUCCUCCACUAGCACUGAAUCGAGCACAAUCACAAGCACUACUAACCAGACCAGUAAGAACCAAAAACCAGACACUGAAAGCACCACCUCCCACACCGAUGCCACGAGGCGGUAUCGCGAUGGUGAGAACAAUAUCACCGAUACUCCGACACCGAGGCCCACGAUCCAGACUACCACGCUGCGAGGCGAAGGUGUCAUGGGUGACAGUCAGAGGCGGUCCACUACGACGCCCAAAAUGAAGACCACCCGGCUGGACACUUCCAACGAGGUACCAGAUACCACAUCGCCGUGGCCGAUAGAGCUGCCCACCACGGAGGGCACCACCACGGAAGUCUACAACACUAUGAUUGCCCCGGUGGUCCACACCACUGACACCUCAUUAAUUAACCCAUGUACAGUAGAUACUAAUUGUGCCCCUAACGAGCACUGCAAGCUGGGCCAUUGCCGUAAAAAAGAACCGCCGGGUUCACCGAAAACACCCGAACCCUGUCAAUCUAACAACGACUGCAUUGAGAGCGAGGCCUGUUACAUGGGUCUGUGCCAGGAUCCUUGUGAGUUUGCCAAGAUCUGUGCCGCGACUGCCAAGUGCAUGGCCAAGAGUCAUCGACCAGUGUGCACCUGUCCGCAGGGCCAUGAGGGCAAUCCGAUGGUCAAAUGUGUAACCACUCAAACCUCAAUUGAAUGCACCGACGAUUCGGACUGCGGUGUCACCGAAGCGUGCAUCAACCAACUUUGCCAGCAUCCUUGCGAUGUCCACGAUCCUUGCGCCACCAAUGCUGUUUGCAUCAACAGCAACCACGCAGCUGACUGCAGUUGUGCGGAUGGCUUCCAGGGCAAUGGAUUUGUUGGCUGUCAGCCAGCACGUUCCCAUGUCUGCCAAUACAACGAGGACUGUCCACCGACGAAGCUCUGCGAUCGCCUGAACCGCCGCUGCAUCAGUCCCUGCCAAGAGGACUCUUGCGGCGAGAAUGCCGAGUGCAUACCCGUGAACCAUGGCACUGACUGCCGCUGCCUGCCCGGAUUCCUGGGCAAUGCCUAUGUGCAGUGUCUUCCUAGCCAGGGAUGCCGCUCCGAUUCCGAAUGUGAUUCGAGUCAGGCCUGCAUCAACGGAAAGUGUUCAUCGCCCUGCCAGUGUGGAGCCUAUGCCCUCUGCGAUGUCGUUAAUCAUCGUGGUGUUUGCAAGUGCCCUCCCGGCUACAACGGAAAUCCACAGGUGGGCUGCAGUCCGCCUCAAGAUCCAUGCGACCCCAAUCCAUGUGGCUUAAAUGCCUUGUGCGAACUGGACAAUGGCAACCCCAUCUGCUACUGCCCGAAGGGUCUUACCGGAAAUCCGUUCAAAAAUUGCAUUCCUGAGGGAGAUGAGUGCACACCGAAUCCCUGUGGUCCCAACUCUGGAUGUCGUCGCGUAGGUGGAAACCCAGUGUGCUUCUGCCUGCCGGAAUAUGAGGGUCAACCACCGUCGAUUCCUUGUGAGCUACCUUCGAAUCCCUGCGACCCAUCGCCUUGCGGACCGAAUACUCAAUGCUCUGUGCUCAGCAACGGUUUCUCCAAGUGCACCUGUCUGCCGAACUAUGUGGAGAGUCCGAACACCAUCCGUGGAUGUGUUGAACCUAUUAACCCGUGUGACCCGAACCCUUGUGGAACUGGUGCAAUCUGCGAUUCAUCACGUCAGCCCGUGUGUUACUGUCCGGACAACAAGAUUGGCAAUCCUUUCAGGCUGUGCGACAAACCUGCAGUUACUAUUGAACUUUGCCAGCCAGGACCAUGUGGCCGAAACGCCGAGUGCUAUGUGGCUGGAAAUCGAGAGGAGUGCUACUGCCGCUCAGGAUAUGUGGGAGAUGCUUACCAGGGAUGCCGUGAACCGAGUCGCACCGUUUGCGACCCCAAUCCUUGUGGACCCAAUGCCAACUGCGUUGUUGCUGGCGACGGACAAACGGCAUGCGUUUGUCCUGACGGCUUGUCAGGAGAUCCCACGUCCGUUAUUGGCUGCCAUGGCUACGAGUGCCAGGUAGAUGCCGAUUGUCCGAACAGCAGGGCCUGCAUGGGCUACCGCUGCUACGAUCCCUGUCCAGGAGCAUGUGGCCAAGGCGCUCACUGCCAAGUGGAGGAACAUCACCCAGUUUGUUCUUGUAACUCCGGUUUGACUGGCAACCCUGGAAUUCGCUGCUAUGCUUUGGACCAUCCCAAGACGAAUCCUUGCGUUCCAAGCCCUUGUGGCCGAAACAGCGAGUGCAAGUUGCUGAAUAACCGCGCUGUUUGUUCAUGCAUCCCAGGUUACUUGGGCGAUCCUCAAUCGGGAUGCCAGCCUGAGUGCGACAUUAACUCGGAUUGUGGUGAUACCUUGUCUUGCAUUAACCACAAGUGCGUGGAUCCCUGUGCUGGAGCGAUCUGUGGAAUUAAUGCCAUCUGUAAUGUGCGCCAGCAUACUCCAGUAUGUCUUUGCCUAGACGGCUUCGUCGGCGACGCCUUUUUGCAGUGCGUUCCUAUUGGAAUACUGAAGAACGUUUCUCGGGAUCCCUGUGCACCGUCGCCCUGUGGACCUUACGACGUUUGUUCAGUGUACGGCGAUGGAGUGGCCCUUUGUGAUCCCUGCUUUGGACCCAAUGCCCAGCAGAAUCCCCGUUGCCGACCCGAGUGCGUGGGCAAUUCGGAUUGUCCGUUUGAUCGCGCCUGUUUGGGCCAGCGUUGUCUGGAUCCCUGUCCCGGAUCCUGUGGCCGGAAUGCUAUAUGUAAUGUCUACGAGCAUAACCCCGUAUGCGCUUGUCCCACAGGACUAUUUGGCAAUCCGUACGAACAGUGCACAACUAAGUCGGUGGUCGAGACGCCACCACAACCCAGCUGCGCUAAGCUCCAUUGCGGCGCCAACGCGGAAUGCAAGCGUCAGCACAGCGGCCUGGCCUGCGUCUGUCGUAAGGGUUACUUCGGAGACCCACAUAUUGGUUGUCGGCCAGAAUGUGUUCUUAACAGUGACUGUCCCGCUGAAAAGGCUUGCUUGAACUCCAAGUGCGUGGAAGCGUGUACAGGAGUGUGUGGCGUUAAUGCCGUUUGCCGUGUGGUCAACCAUGCGCCAGUUUGCAUAUGUGCCGAGGGAUAUAGUGGAGACGCCUCUAUUGCCUGCAAUCCAUUCUACCUGCCACCUCCAGAGCGACCUCAUCCGUGUGAGCCAUCGCCAUGCGGACCAAACUCCCGAUGCAAGGCCACACCUGAUGGCUAUGCAGCCUGUUCCUGCCUGCCGAACUUCAAAGGAGCUCCACCAGUCUGUCAGCCAGAGUGUGUGGUUAGCUCGGAGUGUGCUCCCAACCAGGCAUGUCUGAAUCAGAGGUGCGCAGAUCCAUGCCCAGGCAUUUGCGGUGGUGGAGCUCGCUGCGAAGUGUUGAACCAUAACCCCAUCUGCUCCUGUGAAGCCAACUUCGAGGGUGAUCCGUUUGUGGCGUGCUCACCCAUUCAGGAUCCAGGUCGCGACAUCCCUGUGCCAAAGAACCCGUGCGUGCCAUCUCCUUGCGGACCCAACUCCAUAUGCCAGAUAAAACAAAACCGACCAGUCUGCUCCUGUGUGGCCAACUAUAUCGGCAGCCCGCCGUAUUGCCGACCGGAGUGCGUGCUGAGCAGUGAGUGCCCAUCGGACAAGGCCUGCAUCAACGAAAAGUGCCAGAAUCCCUGUGCCAACGUAUGUGGACACAAUGCCCGUUGUACGGUCAUCGCCCACUCCGCCCACUGCAGUUGCGACGAGGACUACGAGGGAGAUGCCUUCAUUGGUUGCUCUAAAAAGAUUACAGAAAGGCCCGGUGAUCACAUUGAUCCUUGCUACCCUAAUCCAUGUGCCGAGAACGCUGUUUGCACGCCUUACAAUAAUGCCGCGCGCUGUACCUGCAUUGAGCCAUACAAUGGCGAUCCUUACAGUACCGGAUGUCGACCGGAAUGUAUCUACAGCUCUGAGUGCCCCUCAUCACUGGCCUGCAUCAAGCAGCACUGUCGCGAUCCUUGCACGGCUGCUUGUGGAGCGAAUGCCGAAUGUACGGUGGUCAACCACUUGCCCUCUUGCAGUUGCACCAGAGGAUUUGAGGGUAAUCCGUUUGACGGAUGCAAGCGGGUGGUCGUUGUGCGACCCGAAACCGUGUGCGAGCCCAAUCCUUGUGGACCGAACAGCAUUUGUCGCUCUGUAGAGGGACAUCCCACGUGCAGUUGCCAAGUCGGUUACUUUGGAGCUCCGCCGCAGUGCAGACCCGAAUGUGUGGUCAGCUCGGAGUGUGCGCAGCAUUUGGCCUGCAUAAACCAAAAGUGUAUGGAUCCAUGUGAGGGCACAUGUGGAUUCAACGCUAAAUGUCAAGUCAACAACCACAACCCUAUUUGCUCCUGUCCAGCCAACUAUGAGGGAAAUCCAUUUGAGCAAUGUGUGCCCAAACCUGCAGAACCACAUCGCAACGUGGAUCCUUGCCUGCCCAGCCCAUGCGGUUCCAAUUCCAUUUGCCGAAAUGUGAACAAUAGGGCAGAGUGCUCUUGUGCCCCAGGAAUGUUUGGAGCACCACCUAAUUGUCGACCAGAAUGUGUGAUUAACCAAGAUUGCCCAUCAAAUCGAGCUUGUAUACGGCAGCGGUGCGAGGAUCCUUGCAUUGGCAUUUGCGGGUUCAAUGCCGUGUGCUCCACGCAGAACCACCAGCCCAAGUGCAGUUGCAUUGAAAGCUUUGAGGGUGAUCCGUACACCGCCUGCAGAAUGCGUGAGAUCGUGGUGCUAGACCCACCCACCGAUCCAUGCUACCCAUCGCCAUGUGGUGCGAAUGCCAUUUGUCGCGUGCGCAACGGAGCCGGCUCCUGUUCCUGCAUACAAAAUUAUUUCGGUGAUCCCUAUAUCAACUGCCGACCUGAGUGCGUCCAGAAUAGCGAUUGUCCCAAUAACCGUGCCUGUAUAAACAUGAAGUGCCGCGAUCCCUGCGCCAAUGCCUGUGGAUUUAAUGCCAUUUGCCGGGUGGCUCAUCAUCAGCCCAUCUGCAGUUGUGAACCCCACUUCACAGGCAAUCCACUGCGCGCAUGCGUCGAGAGGCCUUCAAAUAUGUACCUACCCUUGCCCAAAGACCCUUGUAGACCGUCGCCUUGUGGCCUGUUCAGCACUUGCCAUGUAGUUGGGGAUCGUCCUGUGUGUGCCUGUUUGCCAGACUACAUGGGUGCUCCGCCCAACUGCAAGCCCGAGUGUAUGACCAGUGCCGAGUGUCCUUCGGAUAGGGCGUGUAUAAACCAGCGCUGCAAAGAUCCUUGUCCCGGAACAUGUGGCUACAAUGCCCGCUGUCGCUGCACGAAUCAUUCGCCAAUAUGCAGUUGCUUCGAUGGUUACACCGGUGAUCCGUUCCACCAGUGCGUUCCUGAAAGAAAACCACCACCAAUAGCUGAUCCCAUUGUUCCGCCCAAUCCUUGUGUGCCAUCACCUUGUGGACCCAACUCUCAGUGCCAGGUUUCAAGCAGUGGAGCUGUGUGCUCCUGCGUAACCAAUUACAUAGGAAGACCACCUGGUUGUCGGCCAGAGUGCAGCAUCAAUUCCGAGUGUCCGGCCAGAAUGGCCUGCAUCAAUGCUCGUUGUGCCGAUCCGUGCAUCGGAUCGUGUGGAAAUAACGCACUCUGCCAUGUCAGCCUGCAUGCGCCGGUGUGCAUGUGUGAGCCCGGAUAUUCCGGCGAUCCGUUCUCCGGCUGCUACAAGAUUAUUGAGACCCCGAUUGAGGUAAUCCAACCGUGCCGCCCCAGCCCUUGCGGCUUAAAUGCCCUUUGCGAGGAGCGGAAUCAAGCCGCCGCCUGCAAGUGUCUUCCGGAAUACUUUGGGGAUCCUUAUGUCGAGUGUCGCCCCGAGUGCGUCAUCAACUCGGACUGUCCCAGGUCGCGAGCAUGCGUCAAUCAAAAGUGCGUGGAUCCCUGUCCGGGAAUGUGUGGUCACAACGCUCUAUGCGCCGUCUUCAACCACGCACCUAACUGCGAGUGUCUUCCUGGUUACACGGGCAACCCCAUCGUUGGUUGUCACAUAGUCCCUGAAAGUCCGCGCUAUCCCGACCCAAUAGUGCCUGAAAACCCUUGCCAACCCUCGCCCUGUGGCCUCUACAGCAACUGUCGUCCGGUCAAUGGCCACGCAGUCUGCUCCUGUGUGCCCAGCUACAUCGGUUCUCCUCCCAACUGCCGGCCCGAGUGCAUGAGCAGCUCGGAGUGCGCGCAGGACAAGUCGUGCCUUAACGAGCGCUGCAAGGAUCCCUGCCCAGGCACCUGCGGCAAUAACGCGCUCUGUCGCGUAGUCAACCACAACCCCAUCUGCUCCUGCAGUCCCGGCUUCAGCGGUGAUCCUUUCGUGCGCUGCUUCCCACAAGAGAAGCGGCCGCCCAUUACCCAUGACCGCAUCGAUCCGUGCGUACCCUCGCCAUGUGGGCCCAACUCAGAGUGCCGGGUGUCGGCCGCCAAUGAGCAGGCUGUCUGCUCAUGCUUGCAACAUUACGUGGGUAGGGCGCCAAAUUGCCGGCCGGAGUGUACAUCCAAUUCCGAGUGCCCCGGCAAUUUGGCCUGCAUCAAUCUGCGCUGCCGGGAUCCGUGUGUCGGUACCUGCGGCAUACAGACCACUUGCCUUGUAAAUAAUCAUAGACCCAUUUGCCGCUGCAUUGACGGUUAUGCAGGCGAUCCAUUCUCAGAGUGUAGUCCAAAGAUCAAUGUCCCAGUGGAAGUGGCACAGCCCUGCAACCCGAGUCCAUGCGGCGCCAAUGCUGUGUGCAAGGAGCGCAAUGGAGUCGGUUCCUGCUCCUGCCUACCGGAGUAUAAUGGAGACCCGUACACAGAGUGCCGCCCAGAGUGCGUGCUGAAUAGUGACUGCUCGAAGAACCGCGCCUGCCUCAACAACAAGUGCCGCGAUCCCUGUCCGGGAGUCUGUGGCGUCUCUGCCGAGUGCCACGUGAUCAACCAUGCCCCCAGCUGCAGUUGUCCUUCUGGUUUCACUGGCAAUCCCUCGCAAUUUUGUCGGGAGAUACCAAGAUUGCCCGCUCCCGUUGAACCAUGUCGUCCUUCGCCCUGCGGCCCUUACAGCCAGUGCCGCGAGGUCAACGGACAUGCGGUCUGCUCCUGCGUUACCAAUUAUAUUGGCACACCGCCCGCUUGUCGUCCGGAGUGCUCGGUUAGCUCCGAAUGCGCUCAGGACAGGGCAUGUGUGAACCAGCGCUGUGCGGACCCAUGUCCUGGUACCUGUGGCAAUGAGGCUAUCUGCAAAGUGACCAACCACAACCCUAUCUGCUCCUGCCCAGCCGGCUGCAGCGGCGAUCCUUUCGUUCGCUGUGCGCCGUGGCAGGAGGAACCGGAGCAACCCAAGUCCAAUGAAAAUCCUUGUGUACCCAGUCCCUGUGGACGCAAUUCCCAGUGUCGUGUAGUGGGCGAAACGGGCGUAUGCUCCUGCCUGCCUAAUUUCGUGGGUAGGGCGCCAAAUUGCCGCCCAGAGUGCACUAUCAACACAGAGUGUGCUGCCAACCUGGCAUGCAUCAAUGAGCGCUGCCAGGAUCCCUGUCCGGGAUCGUGUGGGUUUAAUGCUUUCUGUAGUGUUGUAAACCACUCGCCCAUCUGCACCUGCGACUCUGGUUACACAGGUGACCCAUUCGCCGGCUGUAACCCACAACCUCCAGACAUACCCGAUGAACGUCUGACUCCCUGCCAACCCUCCCCCUGUGGUCCCAAUGCCGAGUGCCGUGAGCGCAACGGAGCCGGCUCCUGUACUUGUCUGCCGGAAUAUUUCGGUGAUCCGUACAGCGGCUGCCGUCCGGAAUGCGUGGUGAACAGUGAUUGCUCGCGCGACAAGUCGUGCGUCAACCAGAAAUGCGUGGACCCGUGUCCAGGUGUUUGUGGCUUGAACGCCCAAUGUCGUGUGUCCAAUCAUAUUCCCAGUUGCUCAUGCCUGGCUGGAUACACUGGAAAUCCGUCGAGCGCGUGCCGUGAAAUUCCCCAGUUGCCCCCACCACCCGAACGGGAUGAGAACCCCUGUAGACCAUCUCCCUGUGGUCCCUAUAGUCAGUGCCGCGAGGUCGACGGUCAUGCCGUGUGCUCCUGCCUUCAGGGCUUCAUCGGAUCGGCUCCCAACUGCCGACCCGAGUGCAUCAUUAGCUCGGAUUGCGCCCAAAAUCUUAACUGUCAAAACCAAAAGUGCGUGGACCCGUGUCCGGGCACGUGUGGCAUCGAGGCGCGCUGCCAGGUCAUUAACCACUAUCCCGCAUGCUCCUGUGCCCCAGGUUUUACCGGAGAUCCCUUCAACCGGUGCACCAAGAUAUUGUUGGAGCCCCCACCCUCCGAAAAGUCUGGUAAUCCCUGCAUCCCAUCACCAUGUGGACCCAACUCGAAAUGCCUCGAUGUCCGUGGUUCGCCUGCAUGCUCCUGUUUGCCCGACUAUCUGGGACGUCCGCCAAACUGCCGGCCUGAGUGCCUCAGUAGUGCCGACUGUCCGGCAAACCUGGCCUGUGUGAACCAGCGCUGCUCGAACCCAUGCAUCGGUGCUUGCGGCCUGCACUCUGUGUGCACGGUCAUCAAGCACCGACCGGCAUGCGAGUGUGUGCCAGGUUACACCGGAGAUCCUUUCUCAGGCUGUGCGAUCGUACAGCAAAUUGCCACGCCGGACGAGACGAGAAAUCCCUGCAAUCCUAGUCCCUGCGGAGCAAAUGCUAUUUGCCGGGAGCGCAAUGGAGCUGGCUCUUGCGCCUGCCUGCCCGAGUACUUUGGUGAUCCGUACAAUGGUUGCCGACCGGAAUGUGUCCAGAACGACGACUGCGACCGCUCGCGUGCCUGUAUCAACAACAAGUGCCAGGAUCCAUGUCCCGGAGCCUGCGGCAUUAACGCUGAAUGCAGAGUUUUGAAUCACGGACCGAACUGCAACUGUUUCGAUGGCUACACUGGAGAUCCGCAUCGCUCGUGCUCGUUGAUCGAGGUGGUCACCAUUCGACCGGAGCCAUGCAAGCCAUCACCCUGCGGACCGUACAGCCAGUGCUUGGACACCAACAGUCAUGCGGUGUGCAGCUGCUUGGAAGGCUACAUUGGAGCACCGCCUAGCUGCAAACCGGAAUGUGUGGUGAGCUCGGAGUGUCCACAAAACAGGGCUUGCAUUAACCAGAAGUGCGAGGAUCCUUGUCGAGGAUCGUGCGGCAAUAAUGCUAAAUGCCAAGUGGUCAACCACAACCCCAUCUGUACCUGCCAGCCUGGCAUGACAGGUGAUCCGAUAUCGGGAUGUGAGCCCAUGCCCGAAGUCAAGAACGUGGAGAAUCCGUGUGUGCCGUCCCCAUGUGGACCCAACUCUGUUUGUCGACAGAUUGGAAAUCAGGCAGCAUGUUCCUGUAACGCUGGCUAUAUUGGACGCCCACCCACUUGCCGACCGGAAUGCACAAACAAUGACGAGUGCCAGAACCAUCUUUCCUGUCAGCAGGAGCGCUGCGUGGAUCCAUGCCCCGGUUCGUGUGGUAGCAACGCCAUCUGCCAGGUGGUGCAGCACAAUGCUGUAUGCUCCUGCGCCGAUGGAUACGAGGGAGAGCCACUCUUUGGUUGUCAGCUGAUUCCAGUUGUGAUGCCUACCGAGUCACCAUCUUCCCCCUGCGAGCCAUCACCAUGUGGUCCUCAUGCCGAGUGUCGGGAAAGGAAUGGAGCUGGAGCUUGCUACUGUCACGAUGGAUUCGAGGGUAAUCCGUACGAUGCCCAACGAGGAUGCCGACGAGAGUGCGAGAAUAACGAUGACUGUACUGCUGUCCAAGCCUGCUCUCGAUUCAAGUGCGUCGAUCCAUGCAACAAUAUCUGCGGAGACUAUGCCAUUUGCACAGUCGACAAACAUGUGCCCACUUGUGACUGCCCGCCUGGAUACACUGGAGAUCCGUUCUUCAGCUGCAAACCCGUGCCGGUCACACCGCGUCCUCCGCUCAACCCAUGCAAUCCAUCUCCAUGUGGACCCAACAGCAAUUGUCGGGCCAUGAACAACCAGGCAGUGUGUUCCUGCCAGGCAGGAUUCAUCAACCAGCCACCCAACUGCAAACCGGAAUGCGUAGUCAGUGCGGAAUGUGCUCCGGAAAAAGCAUGCGUACACAAAAAGUGCGUUGAUCCCUGUCAGCAUACCUGUGGCAUCCGGGCCAUCUGCACCACCAAAAACCACAGCCCCAUCUGCACGUGUCCCCGGACAAUGACUGGAGAUCCUUUCGUUGAGUGCACUAGAGUUGCAAUCACGAAUGACAAUACAACACCAUCGCCGGCUCCAGCAUCCUGUGUGCCUUCGCCUUGUGGACCCAAUGCCAAGUGCCAGAUCGUGGGCAAUAGUCCGGCAUGUUCUUGCCUGCCGAACUUCAUCGGGGCUCCGCCUCGCUGUCGCCCGGAGUGCGUCUUGAACUCGGAAUGUGGACCCACAGAGGCAUGCAUAAACCAAAAGUGCGCAGAUCCCUGCUCUGGAUCGUGCGGAUUUGAGGCCAAGUGCCAUGUUCUUAAUCACCUGCCCAUUUGCAACUGCAUUGAGGGCUACGAGGGAGAUCCGUUCGUGCGUUGCACCAAGAAGGAAGAAGAUAGAUCUCCUCCACUCCCGAAUGACCCGUGCAACCCGAGCCCGUGCGGACAAAAUGCGGAUUGCUUUGCCGGUGAGUGCCGCUGCCAAAAUAACUACCAAGGCAAUGCCUACGAGGGAUGUCGUCCGGAAUGCACGCUCUCCGCGGACUGUCCUAGGGACAAGGCCUGUAUGCGAAACCGCUGUGUGGACCCCUGUCCAGGAAUCUGCGGUACCAAUGCCGUGUGCGAGGUGAUGAACCACAUUCCGGUGUGCUCGUGCGUCAAGGGUUACGAAGGUGACCCGUUCGUCAACUGCCGUGUGAAACCCGUCGUGGAGGAUCCUAUUAUUGAGGCCUGCUCCCCAUCGCCAUGCGGUUCCAACAGUCAGUGUCGCGACGUUAACGGACAUGCGGUUUGCUCUUGCCUGGAAGGUUAUAUCGGAGCACCACCCCAGUGCCGUCCCGAGUGUGUGGUGUCCAGCGAGUGCUCCGCCUUACAAGCUUGUGUCAACAAGAAGUGCGUAGAUCCAUGCGCCGCUGCUUGUGGUCUGGAGGCCCGCUGUGAGGUCAUCAAUCAUAGUCCGAUUUGUGGCUGCCCACCUGGCCGAACUGGAGAUCCGUUCAAGCAAUGCGUUGUCCUGCCACCGAUUGCUGUUCCAGACGUAAAGUCACCUCCUCAAGAUCCUUGCGUGCCAUCCCCCUGCGGACCCAACUCGAUCUGCAAGAAUGAUAGGAACGGCCCCGUCUGCCAAUGCCAACCUGAAUUCUUUGGCUCGCCGCCCAACUGUCGACCCGAGUGCAUCAUCAAUCCGGACUGUCAAUCUACACAGGCGUGUAUCAACAACAAAUGCAGCAAUCCAUGCCCAGAAUCAUGCGGAACCAAUGCCGAGUGUCGUGUCAUUGGACACGCUGUGUCCUGCUCUUGUCCAACGGGAUACGCCGGCAACGCUUUCGUUCAGUGUGUGCCGCAGCAAGAGGAGCCACCGAAGCCUUGCCAGCCAUCGCCAUGUGGUCCAAAUGCCGAGUGCAUUGAACGUAACGGAGCCGCUGCCUGCAAGUGUAUUGAUGAAUACCAGGGUAACCCGUACGAGGGUUGUCGUCCCGAGUGCGUACUGAGCUCAGAUUGUCCCACGGACAAGACGUGCAUCCGCAACAAGUGCCAGGAUCCUUGCCCAGGCAUCUGUGGAUUGAACGCCCAGUGCUAUGCUGUGAACCACGUGCCCAACUGUGUCUGCAACGAUGGCUAUACUGGAGAUCCGUUCGCCAGUUGUCGCCGAGUUGAGGUCACAACUCCACCACCAGUUUCGGAUCCUUGCAUUCCAUCUCCUUGCGGAGCCAAUAGCAAAUGCAGGGUUGCAAAUGGCUUAGCCGUUUGCUCAUGCUUAGAUACAUUUAUUGGAGCCCCACCAAAUUGCAAACCAGAGUGCACGGUCAAUGCCGAGUGUCCUUCGAAUAGGGCGUGCCACAAGUUCCGUUGCGCAAAUCCUUGCGCCACGACGUGUGGCCUGAAUGCCAAGUGUGAAGUGAUCAACCAUAACCCCAUCUGCAGUUGUCCUCUGGACAUGACUGGUGAUCCAUUUGCUCGCUGCUACCCAGCUCCCCCACCGCCGCCACCAGGACCCAAGGAUGAGCCCAUUAGGAGACCAUGUCAACCAUCGCCAUGCGGAUUGAACUCGGAAUGCAUAGUACGUGACGAUCAGGCCUCGUGCUCUUGCCUGCCCAACUUUAUAGGAGCACCACCCAACUGCCGACCCGAAUGUGUUGUGAACACGGAUUGUUCUCCGAACCAAGCUUGCAUUGCUGAGAAGUGCCGUGAUCCUUGUGAUGGAUCCUGUGGAGUUGACUCCGAAUGCCGUGUUCAGAACCACCUGGCCAUCUGCACCUGCCGUGGAGGAUUCACUGGUGAUCCGUUUGUUCGUUGCUUCGAGUUCGUCGAAGAGACCACAAAGUCACCCCCACUCGCACAGGAUCCUUGUGAUCUGCAGCCAUGCGGAUCGAAUGCGGAGUGCCGAAACGGCAUCUGUAGCUGCCUCGCGGACUACCAGGGAGAUCCCUACACCGGCUGUCGCCCAGAGUGUACAUUGAGUACUGAUUGCGCACCUACCAAGGCUUGCUUAAACAAGAAGUGUGUUGAUCCUUGCCCAGGAGUAUGUGGGCAGAACUCGCAGUGUGAUGUUUCAAACCACAUACCGAUUUGCAGUUGCCUGCAGGGCUACACGGGCGAUCCGUUUGUUCACUGCCGCCACGAGACGCCAGUGGCGAAGGAUCCAUGCCAACCAAACCCAUGCGGACCCAACAGCUUGUGCCACAUAUCCGGACAAGGACCUGUCUGCGCCUGUCAACCGGGAAUGCUGGGCUCACCGCCCGCCUGCAAACCGGAGUGCAUUGUCAGCUCCGAGUGCUCGUUGCACACUGCCUGUGUGAACAGGAAGUGCGUGGAUCCUUGCCCCGGAGCCUGUGGGCAAUUUGCUCGCUGCCAGGUGAUCAACCACAACCCGUCUUGCUCAUGCAACACAGGCUACACUGGCGAUCCGUUCACCCGAUGCUAUCAGGAGGAACGAAAACCACAGCCGACGCCAGGUAAUCCUUGCCAGCCAUCUCCUUGCGGACCCAAUUCCGAGUGCAAGGUGCUGAAUGGCAACGCAGCCUGCUCGUGUGCGGCCACCUUCAUUGGAACGCCACCAAGCUGUCGACCCGAGUGCUCCAUCAAUCCGGAAUGUCCGCCAACCAAGGCCUGUAUCCGCCAGAAGUGCUCGGAUCCCUGCGUGAAUGCCUGUGGAUUUAAUGCCCGCUGCAAUGUGGCCAAUCAUCAACCCAUCUGCACAUGCGAUGUGGGCUAUACUGGAGAUCCGUUUACUGGCUGUCAGAAGGAGCAAGAACGCAUUGUCAAUGAGCAAGUGACUCCCUGCGAACCCAAUCCCUGUGGCUCGAAUGCUGUGUGCCGCGAAAGAAAUGGCAUCGGUUCCUGCCAGUGCCUGCCCGAUCACUUUGGUGACCCGUAUCAGUCGUGUCGUCCGGAGUGCGUACGCCACUCGGACUGCGCCUCCAAUAAGGCUUGCCAACAGCAGAAGUGUCGCGAUCCCUGCCCAGGUACCUGCGGCAGCAAUGCGGACUGCAGUGUCACAAACCAUCUGCCCACCUGUACAUGCCGCGUUGGAUACACCGGUGAUCCGUACCGCUACUGCCACGUGGAACCACCCCAGCUCCCUGCCCGAGUGACCGAACCAUCUCAACCCUGCCGCCCCUCACCUUGUGGUCCCAACUCCCAGUGCCGCGAACUGAACGGUCAGGCCGUGUGCUCCUGCCUGGAGCUCUACAUCAGUCUGCCACCCAACUGCCGACCGGAGUGUGUGCUGAGCACAGAGUGUCCCACCGAUAAGGCUUGCAUCAGUCAACGUUGUCAGGAUCCGUGUCCAGGCACUUGUGGCAUCAAUGCCGAGUGCCGGGUUCGUAAUCAUAGUCCUCUGUGUCAGUGUCGUCAAGGUUUUACCGGUGAUUCCUUUACCCGUUGUUAUCCCCUGCCACCUCCGCCUCCUGUGAUCGAACGAGUUGAGCGUGAUCCCUGCCUGCCAUCGCCCUGCGGGUUGAAUAGUCAAUGCCGCAAUGUACAAGGGGUGCCGUCCUGCACCUGUCUCCCAGACUUCUUGGGGGCACCGCCCAACUGUAGGCCCGAGUGCACAAUCAGUGCAGAGUGUCCCUCAAAUCUCGCUUGCAUACGGGAGAAGUGUAUAGAUCCCUGUCCCGGUUCUUGUGGCUAUGCCGCCGAGUGUAGUGUUGUUAACCACACUCCAAUUUGCGUCUGUCCCGCUGGCUUUACGGGUGAUCCGUUCUCCAGUUGUCGUCCAGCGCCGCCGCCAGAGCCCACACAAAGUGAAUAUGUGGAUCCUUGCAACCCAUCACCUUGUGGACCGAAUGCCCAAUGCAACGCAGGAAUCUGCACGUGUCUGGCCGAAUUCCAUGGCGAUCCCUACUCUGGUUGCCGUCCCGAGUGCGUCCUCAAUUCAGACUGUCCCAGGGACAAGGCUUGCCGUAGCAGCAAGUGCGUAAACCCUUGUCCAGGAACUUGUGGCGAGAAUGCCAUUUGCGAUGUCAUCAAUCACAUACCCAUGUGCAGAUGUCCCGAACGCACCGCUGGCAGCGCAUUCAUCCGCUGCUCUCCUGUGCAGAUUACAGUAUCUAAUCCUUGCCGACCAUCACCUUGUGGUCCAAACUCGCAGUGCCGAGAGGUUAAUCAGCAAGCAGUGUGUUCGUGCCUGCCAAGCUUCAUUGGAGCUCCGCCAUCCUGCCGACCCGAGUGCACCUCGAAUUCAGAGUGUGCACCCACUCAAGCUUGCCUGAAUCAACGGUGUGGAGAUCCCUGCCCCGGAACAUGUGGAGUGGGUGCUAAUUGCGCUGUUGUCAGCCAUAGCCCCUUCUGCACAUGUCCUGAGAGGUUUACGGGUAAUCCAUUUAUUCGUUGCCAGCCCCAGAUUGAACCUCCCGUUCGCGAUGUUGUGCCUGUUGAUCCCUGUCGCCCAUCUCCCUGUGGACCUUAUUCCCAGUGUCGCCCAGUUGGUGAGGCCCCGGCCUGUUCCUGUCUGGAGACCUAUAUUGGACGCCCACCAAACUGCCGCCCAGAGUGUGUGACCAGCUCGGACUGUUCCAGUCAAAUGGCCUGUGUGAACCAGAAGUGUGUCGACCCAUGUCCAGGACGCUGCGGCCUUAAUGCCGAGUGCUUUGUGGUUAGCCACGCCGUGCAAUGUAUUUGCCAGCAGGGCUUCAACGGAGAUCCGUUCGUGCAAUGCAAACCGGAGAUCGCAUAUGAAAAUGAAAUCCGCACUCCGUGCAGCCCGAGUCCUUGUGGCCCGAAUGCUGUGUGCCGCGAUCGCAACGGAGUAGGAUCCUGCCAGUGCCUGCCACAAUACUUUGGAGAUCCUUACGAAGGCUGUCGCCCGGAGUGCAUGCUUGACUCGGACUGUCCGUCCAACCGGGCUUGCCAACAGCUGAGAUGCCAGGACCCCUGCCCAGGAACCUGUGGACUUAAUGCUAACUGUCAAGUGGUGAACCAUUUGCCAACCUGUACUUGCCUGACCCGAUAUGUGGGUGACCCAUACCGUCAAUGUAAUCGACUGCCAGAACCACCACAAAACGAGUAUGUAAACCCAUGUCAACCAACUCCUUGUGGCCCCAACUCCCAGUGCCGCGUUUCGAAUGAGCAGGCGGUUUGCUCUUGCCUGCCCCUGUUCGUAGGAACUCCACCAUCCUGCCGGCCCGAGUGUACCAUAUCCUCGGAGUGUCCUGCUGAUAGGGCCUGUGUUAAUCAGAAAUGUGUGGAUCCUUGUGCAGCAGAUACAUGCGGAAAUAAUGCCAUAUGUAGGGUCCGAAACCACAGCCCUAUUUGCAGUUGCAUUAGCGGCUAUACAGGCGACGCCUUUACUAGAUGUUUCCUUAUUCCACCGCCGAUUAUUGAGACCAAGGACGAACCUUUAAGGGAUCCCUGUAUACCAACACCCUGUGGUCCCAACUCCGAGUGUCGUAAUAUCAAUGGUGUGCCUGCCUGUUCCUGUCUGGCUAAUUUCAUUGGCCAGGCACCAAAUUGUCGUCCCGAGUGCACUAUCAACUCCGAGUGUCCCAGUCAACUGGCGUGUAUCAACCAAAAGUGUCGCGAUCCCUGCCCAGGAGCCUGUGGUCAAAACGCUGUUUGCAGUGUCAUCAAUCAUACGCCACUGUGCGCCUGCAUCGAUGGUUACAUAGGAAAUCCAUUUACCAACUGCAACCCCAAACCUCCAGAACCCCCAGCGCCACCAGUUGCCGACGAUCCUUGCAAUCCAUCGCCUUGCGGAGCUAACGCUCAGUGCCGAAAUGGUCAAUGCUCUUGUAUACCUGAAUACCAAGGGGAUCCAUACAUCUCCUGUCGUCCUGAAUGUGUGCUUAACACCGAUUGCCCAAGGGAUCGGGCCUGUGUGCGCAACAAGUGCAUCGAUCCCUGUCCUGGAACUUGUGGGGUAAACGCCUUGUGCGAGGUCAACAACCAUAUCCCCAUUUGCCGUUGUCCAGAGCAAAUGUCCGGCAAUGCCUUUUUCGAGUGUAGACCCGUGCCGCCUGCCAAAAUUCAAAAUCCCUGCCAGCCGUCGCCAUGUGGCCCGAACAGCCAGUGCCGCGUGGUGCAACAAACUGCGGUCUGCUCCUGUCUGGCUAACUACGUGGGCAGUCCGCCGCAAUGUCGGCCGGAAUGUGUAACCAACUCUGACUGUCCUGCCGAUCAGGACUGCCAGAAUAUGAAGUGUCGCGACCCGUGUCCUGGUACAUGUGGAUUUAAUGCUCUGUGCAACGUCGUCAAUCACCGCCCCUUCUGCAGCUGCCCCACUGGCAUGUCCGGAAAUCCUUUCGUGAGCUGUCAGCAGCUAAUUAUACGCGAUGAAAGACCUCAAAAUCCCUGCCAGCCUUCUCCUUGUGGUCCCAACUCCGAAUGUCGUGUAUCUGGAGAUUCGCCGUCUUGUUCGUGUCUGCCCGAAUUUGUGGGAGCACCGCCGAACUGCCGACCCGAGUGUAUAUCCAACUCGGAGUGCCCCACAAACCAGGCUUGCAUCAACCAGAAAUGUGUGGACCCCUGCCCAGGAUUAUGUGGUCAAAAUGCCAUUUGUCGGGUGUUCAGUCAUAGUGCCAUGUGCUUGUGUGACGGUGGCUUCACCGGAGAUCCGUUUAGUCAGUGUAGUCCAAUAAGAGAUAGUCCUCCUGAAGUUCUGCAGCCCUGCAACCCCAGUCCCUGCGGCGUCAAUGCCAAGUGCGAGGAACGUGGUGGGGCAGGAUCCUGCCAGUGUCUGCCUGAUUACUUCGGAAAUCCGUAUGAUGGCUGUCGUCCCGAGUGCGUUCUGAACUCUGACUGCCCUUCGAAUCAGGCAUGUGUCAACCAGAAAUGUCGUGACCCAUGUCCCGGCACUUGCGGCCAAAACGCCGAGUGCCAAGUGGUCAAUCACUUGGCGACCUGUAAUUGUUUGGUUGGAUACAACGGUGACCCGUACAGCAUGUGCCGCAUCACAGUUAAUGAGCCGCCUGAACGCGUCUAUGUGAACCCUUGUCAGCCGUCUCCAUGCGGUCCAAACUCGCAAUGCCGUGAAGUAAACGAGCAAGGAGUUUGUUCCUGCUUGCCAGAGUUCAUUGGCAGUCCUCCUGCCUGUCGUCCGGAAUGCACCAGUAGCUCGGAGUGCGCCGCCGACAAGGCUUGUGUGAACCGCAAAUGUGUGGACCCUUGUCCAAAUGUUUGUGGUCAGCAGGCCGAGUGUCGCGUUCGUAACCACAAUCCCAUUUGCACUUGCUUAAGUGGAUUCACUGGUGAUCCAUUCACCCGUUGCUAUCGUCAGCCGCCUCCGCCUCCAGUUGUCGAACGUGAACCCCUUGACCCUUGUGUUCCUUCACCCUGCGGAGCAAAUUCCCAGUGCCGCGAAAUUCACGGCACACCAUCCUGCUCUUGCCUUCCGCAGUAUUUGGGUACUCCACCCAAUUGCCGCCCGGAAUGUUCCAUCAAUGCAGAGUGUCCCAGUCAUCAGGCCUGUAUUAAUCAAAAAUGCAGAGACCCUUGUCCUGGCUCUUGUGGUCUAAACACUCAGUGCAGUGUCAUCAACCACACGCCAAUCUGCAGUUGUCUCACUGGUUAUAUAGGUGACCCAUUCAGCGUUUGCAACCCCAAGCCAAUACCCGAGAAAAUUCGAGACCCACUGCCACCGGAGGAUCCUUGCAACCCAUCACCAUGUGGCUCGAAUACACAAUGCAACAAUGGAGUUUGCUCUUGCCUGCCCGAAUACCAUGGUGACCCAUACACGGGAUGUCGUCCAGAGUGCGUUCUGCACACGGAUUGUGACCGUAGUCGAGCUUGUGUUCGUCACAAGUGUGUUGAUCCCUGUCCCGGUAUUUGUGGCACCAAUGCGAUAUGCGAGGUUCUAAACCAUAUACCCAACUGCCGCUGUUUAGAGGGAAUGCAAGGCAAUGCCUUUAUCCAGUGCAGCCCAGUUCCAAAGCUCGACGUCGUACAGAAUCCGUGCCAACCCUCGCCCUGCGGACCAAACUCACAGUGUCGCGUUGUUAAUCAACAAGCAAUCUGCUCGUGCAUUACGUCUUUCAUUGGAAGUCCGCCAUUCUGCCGACCUGAAUGCACUACAAACUCGGAGUGCCCCUUGAACUUGGCGUGUCGCAACCAGAAGUGCAGUGAUCCCUGUCCUGGCGUCUGUGGUCGCGGUGCCCAAUGCCAUGUGACUAACCACAGUCCAUUCUGUCGCUGCUUAGAGCGCUACACGGGUAAUCCGUUUGUGAGUUGCCAGCAGAUCAUCGAACCUCCGGUUCCACCACCGCGGCAAACAUGCCUGCCAUCACCCUGCGGACCGUAUUCCCAAUGUCGUGAAGUUAACGAAUCACCUUCUUGCACUUGCCUGCCAGAGUAUAUUGGAACUCCACCUAACUGUAGGCCGGAGUGCGUGACUAGCUCGGAGUGUCCCACGAAUCAGGCGUGCAUUCAGCAGAAGUGUCGCGAUCCUUGCCCAGGACUUUGUGGACAAUCUGCUCAAUGCCGAGUCCUUUCGCACACGCCAAGCUGCAUUUGCGCCGAAGGCAUGGAAGGUGAUCCGUUCACUUUAUGUAAGGAAAAGAGAAUUCAGGAACUAGACCAGCUGGACCCCUGCAGUCCCAGUCCUUGUGGAAUCAAUGCCCGCUGUACUUCCCGCCAAGAUGCCGGCUCAUGCCAGUGCCUGCCAGAUUACUUCGGAAAUCCUUACGAGGGAUGUCGCCCUGAGUGCGUUCUUAAUUCGGACUGCCCAUCGAACAAGGCUUGUCAACAGCAAAAAUGUCAGGAUCCGUGUCCAGGAACCUGCGGUCAGAAUGCUCUCUGCAAUGUCCUGAAUCAUAUACCCAGUUGUAGCUGUAUAUCAGGAUAUUCCGGUGAUCCUUACCGCUCGUGUGUGCCAGAACCGGUCAAGGAAUAUGUCAAUCCCUGCCAGCCAUCGCCGUGUGGUCCAAAUUCUCAGUGCCGUGAGGUGAAUGAACAAGCCAUAUGCUCGUGUCUUCCGGAAUAUGUGGGAGCUCCGCCUGUGUGUCGCCCUGAGUGUACGAUAUCUUCAGAGUGCCCGGCGGACAAGGCCUGUGUGAACCAGAAAUGUGCUGACCCUUGUCCAAACACUUGUGGAGAUCAAGCGAUCUGUCGAGUGGUGAACCACAGUCCGAUUUGCUCAUGUCGUGCCGGUUACACCGGCGACGCCUUUUUCCGCUGUUUCCCCAAGCCCCCGGUACCACCAACACCAGUACAAAAGACGCCGGUUGAUCCUUGUGUGCCCACUCCUUGCGGCCCCUACUCCCAGUGUCGAUCCCAGGGAGAUGCCCCCGCCUGUUCUUGUUUGGUCGGCUAUAUAGGAGCCCCUCCCAAUUGCCGACCGGAAUGUCGCAUCAACGCGGAAUGUCCUAGCAGCCAAGCGUGUAUUAAUGAGAAAUGUAGAGACCCUUGCCCCGGCUCUUGCGGCUAUGGUGCCAUUUGCAAUGUGAUCAAUCACACGCCUAGCUGCACCUGUCCAACAGGACUCUCGGGUGAUCCAUUUAGUCAGUGUCAGCCCGUGCCACCUCCGCCUCCAACACCUGUUAAGCUUGAUGAUCCAUGCAAUCCCUCACCCUGUGGUCCAAACGCUCAGUGCAAUAAUGGAGUAUGUACUUGCAUUCCCGAAUACCAUGGCGAUCCCUACAGCGGUUGCCGACCCGAGUGCAUCACCAGCGCGGAUUGCUCACGUGAGCUUGCCUGUUCGAGGAACAAGUGCUUCGAUCCUUGCCCCGGUACCUGUGCCCCCAAUGCCAUUUGUACUGUCCUUAACCACGUGCCCAUGUGCACUUGUCCGGAUGGAUAUAUUGGCAAUGCUUUUGUGCAGUGUAAACCCUCACCAACCCCUGUCCUUGUCCAGCCUUGCCAACCAUCUCCGUGUGGACCCAACUCUCAGUGCCGCGAAGUCAACCAGCAAGCUGUUUGCUCCUGUGUGCCAGGAUAUAUCGGAACCCCGCCACUCUGUCGACCGGAGUGCACGUCGAACUCGGAGUGUUUGUCACACCUAGCAUGUGUUAACCAAAAGUGCAGUGAUCCCUGUCCCGGCUCAUGUGGCCGUAAUGCCCAGUGCAGUGUGGUUAACCACAAUCCCUUCUGUACGUGCUUGCCAAGGUUCACUGGCAAUCCGUUCGUGGGUUGUCAGCAGAUUAUUGAGCCACCACGUCAAGAUAUUGUGCCACAGGAUCCGUGCCGACCGUCGCCUUGUGGUCCGAACUCUGAAUGUCGCGCCGUUGGUGAGACACCAACAUGUACAUGCCUUGCUGAUUUUGUCGGCUCCCCGCCGUAUUGCAAACCCGAAUGCGUGGCCAAUUCAGAGUGUCCCUCGAACCUGGCGUGUAUCAAUCAAAAGUGUCGCGAUCCCUGUCCUGGAUUGUGCGGUUCAAGUGCUACUUGCCGCGUCGUCUCUCACACAGCAAUGUGCAUUUGUGAUGCUGGUUUGACCGGAGAUCCAUUUACACAAUGUCAACCCAUUGUGCAAGAUGUUGAGAUCAUUAAUCCUUGCCAGCCGUCACCUUGCGGAGCCAAUGCCGAGUGCAUACAACGUAAUGGAGCCGGAGCCUGCCAGUGUCUCACAGACUAUUUCGGAAAUCCCUACGAAGGCUGUCGACCGGAGUGUGUUUUGAACUCGGACUGCCCAUCGAACCGAGCUUGUCAGCAGCAGAAGUGCCGUGAUCCUUGUCCCGGAAGCUGUGGACAGAAUGCCGAGUGUAAUGUGGUGAACCACACACCCAUGUGCAACUGCUUCGCUGGAUUCAUUGGCGAUCCGUACCGCUAUUGUAGCCAACCGCCAGAACCUAUUGUCCAUGAGUAUGUGAACCCCUGUCAACCGUCCCCCUGUGGCCCGAACUCAAAUUGUCGCGAUGUUAAUGAACAGGCAGUAUGUUCCUGCCGUUCCGAAUUUGAGGGAGCCCCACCCAACUGCCGGCCACAAUGCACCUCGAGCUCAGAGUGCGCCCCCAACAGGGCGUGCAUCAAUCAAAAAUGCGUUGAUCCUUGUCCCGGUGUUUGUGGCCAGCAAGCAAUCUGCGAGGUACGCAACCACAGUCCAAUUUGUAGGUGUCCCACCGCCAUGACAGGCGAUCCCUUCGUGCGCUGCGUACCCCGACCAACAAUUGCACCGCCACCCUUGAGGGAUGUAGCUCCCUAUCGCGAUCCCUGUCUCCCCUCACCAUGUGGCCUGUAUGCGUCGUGCAGGAAUCAACAGAACCAAGCGAUUUGCUCUUGUUUGCCAAACUAUUUCGGUACUCCGCCCCAUUGUCGUCCCGAGUGCAUCAUCAAUGCAGAGUGCCCAAGCCACUUGGCCUGCAUUGGCGAACGCUGCCGUGAUCCCUGUCCUGGUGCUUGUGGUCAACAGACCGAGUGCCGUGUGAUCAGUCACGUUCCUAGUUGCGUUUGCCUACGCGGCUAUGUGGGCGAUGCAUUCCUGGCCUGCCACCCGGCACCACCCCCACCAUCCCGUGAAGAGCCCCGCGAUCCGUGUAACCCCAGUCCAUGCGGCAGCAAUGCCAUCUGUUCUAAUCAGGGCGAGUGUAAAUGUGUGGCCGACUAUCAGGGAGAUCCCUAUGUGGCCUGCAGACCCGAGUGUAUUCUCAGUUCGGAGUGUCCCCGAAAUCUGGCCUGUAUACAACAGAAGUGUACCGAUCCUUGUCCAGGAACCUGUGGUACCAAUGCUAUCUGCGAUGUGGUCAACCACAUUGCCAUGUGCCAUUGUCCCGAUCGAAUGACCGGAAAUGCUUUUGUCCAAUGUACUCUAGUGCAGCUUGAUGUAUACCGUAACCCUUGCAAUCCCUCGCCAUGCGGCUCCUAUGCUGAAUGUCGGGAGCAAAACGGUCAAGCGGUAUGCAGUUGUCUUCCCAACUACUUUGGGGUACCUCCUUCGUGUCGACCCGAGUGUAGCACCAACUACGAUUGUUCCCCAAGCUUGGCGUGCCAAAAUCAGCGCUGCGUCGAUACUUGUCCUGGAGCUUGUGGCGCCUACGCCGAGUGCCGAACAGUCAACCACAGUCCUUUCUGUAGUUGCAGACCCGGCUAUACGGGAAAUCCCAUUGUCCAAUGUCAUAUGAUUAUUGAGCCCCAGCGGGAUAUCACACCCAAAGAUCCUUGCCAACCCUCACCUUGUGGUCCAAACAGCGAAUGUCGCCGCGUAGGAGAAACACCCUCCUGCUCAUGCCUGUCCAAUUUCUUUGGCACUCCGCCCAACUGUCGACCUGAAUGUGUCUCCAAUUCCGAGUGCAGUCAGGUGCACGUCUGCACGAAUAAUCGCUGCAAGGAUCCGUGCCCGGGUCUCUGCGGAACUGAUGCCGUCUGCCGCGUGAUAAGUCACAGUGCUAUGUGCUACUGCCAGCCGGGUUACAGCGGCGAUCCCUUCGUCCGCUGUGCACCACACAUCCACAGAGAAUCGAUUGAGAUAGUGCAACCGUGCAACCCCAAUCCCUGCGGCGCCUUUGCCGAGUGUCGUCAGCAGAAUGGAGUCGGAUCGUGUCAGUGUCUACCAGAGUACUUCGGCAAUCCUUAUGAAGGAUGUCGCCCUGAAUGUAUACUCGACUCUGAUUGCCCCUCUCAGCUGGCCUGUGUCAAUCAAAAAUGCCGGGAUCCCUGUCCCGGAAGCUGCGGCCAAAAUGCCGAAUGCUUUGUACGCAAUCACCUGCCCACUUGCAACUGCCUCAGUGGCUAUGUCGGUGACCCAUAUCGGUAUUGUAACAUCGAACCGAAACCCAUUCGGGAAUAUGUCAACCCCUGUCAACCCUCUCCUUGUGGGCCUAACUCUCAGUGCCGCGAACAGAAUGGUGUGGCCACAUGCUCUUGCUUGCCAGAAUUUGUGGGCACUCCGCCGGGAUGUCGGCCGGAGUGUACGGUAUCCUCUGAAUGCAAUCUUGACAAUGCGUGCGUUCGUCAUAAAUGCCUGGAUCCUUGUCCUGGUGCUUGCGGCAGCUCCGCCAAUUGCCAGGUGGUGAACCAUGCUCCACUCUGCUCUUGUCAAGCGGGUUACACAGGAGACCCAUUUACCCGAUGCUACCCAAUUCCCCCUCCACCUACGCAUAUUGUCCAUGAUUACGCACGCGAUCCAUGCCAACCAUCUCCCUGCGGAGCUAAUGCUCAAUGUAGACAAUCCCAAGGUCAAGCCAUCUGCUCCUGUAUACCCAACUACUUUGGUGUUCCACCCAACUGUCGACCCGAGUGCACUCAGAGCUCAGAGUGCCUGUCCAGUUUGGCCUGCAUCAAUCAACGAUGCGCGGAUCCCUGUCCUGGGUCCUGUGCCUACAACGCCAUUUGCCAUGUGCGUAAUCACGUGCCUAGUUGUCAGUGCCCAGUGGGCUAUGUGGGUGAUCCCUUCUCCAACUGUCACCCUGAACCCCAGCCACCACCCAAACCCGUUGCUCUCGAUGAUCCCUGCAAUCCUUCCCCCUGUGGGCCCAAUGCUGUGUGCCAAAAUGGUCAAUGUUCGUGUAUACCCGAGUACCAAGGAGAUCCUUAUACCGGCUGUCGACCGGAAUGUGUGUUAAAUGCGGAUUGUCCGCGAAAUCGUGCUUGUGUUCGCCAUAAGUGUGUGGAUCCGUGUCCGGGAACGUGUGCACCGAAUGCCAUCUGCGAUGUGAUUAACCACAUUGCCAUGUGCCGUUGCCCAGAGCGUAUGACAGGCAAUGCCUUCAUCCAAUGUGAAACACCGCCAGUAUCGCUGGCACCACCAGAUCCGUGUUACCCAUCGCCCUGCGGUCCGAACAGUCGCUGUCGUGUAUUCAACAACAACGCUGUGUGUUCCUGUAUUGAGGAUUUCAUUGGAACUCCACCAAAUUGCCGACCGGAGUGUACGCAUAACUCAGAUUGCCUGCCUAGACUGGCGUGCCAGAGGCAGCAUUGUAUAGAUCCGUGCCCAGGAACUUGUGGCUUUAAUGCCCUUUGCCACGUUGUGAACCAUGCACCAAUUUGCAGUUGUCCACCAAAGCAUAAUGGAAACCCAUUCUUGGGAUGCUUCCCGGAACCCGUGCGACGCGAUGAGGUGAUUCCAAAGAAUCCGUGCCAGCCCUCGCCAUGUGGUCCAUAUGCCAAGUGCACAUCCGUGGGCGAUCAAGCGCAGUGCAGUUGUCUGCCGGAUUACAUUGGAACUCCGCCCAACUGUCGCCCGGAGUGUAUAACCAAUUCGGAAUGUUCCUUCGACAAGGCCUGUUUAAACCAAAGAUGUCGCGAUCCCUGCUCGGGAACUUGUGGUUCCAACGCCAAUUGCCACGUAAUUAGUCAUACUGCCAUGUGCUACUGUCUACCAGGUUAUACUGGGGACCCAUUCACUUCCUGUGUCCAAGUACCAGUGAUUCAGCAGUCUGAGAUCGUUCAACCAUGCUCUCCUAAUCCUUGUGGAGCCAAUGCUGUAUGUCGCCAGGAGGGCCAUGUUGGUUCUUGCCAAUGUCUUCCCGAAUACCACGGAAACCCAUACGAGACAUGUCGGCCGGAGUGUGUAACGAAUAACGACUGUCCAUCCAACAAGGCUUGUCAACAGCAGAAGUGUCGCGAUCCUUGUCCAGGAGUCUGUGCCCUCAAUGCUUUGUGUCGCGUGAUCAAUCACUUACCAACAUGUCACUGUCAGAAUGGCUUUGUUGGUGACCCAUAUCGCUAUUGCCAAAUUCCCGAGAAACCUGUCCUUAAAGAAUAUGUUAAUCCCUGCCAGCCCUCCCCGUGUGGCCCCAACUCGCAGUGCCGUGAAAACAACGAGCAAGCCAUCUGCUCAUGUCUCCCAGAGUACGUAGGUGCUCCACCCAAUUGUCGACCUGAGUGCGUGACCAGUGCAGAGUGUCCUUAUGACAAGGCAUGCAUUAGGCAAAAGUGUAGUGAUCCCUGCCCCGGUGUAUGUGGCUCAAAUGCCGAUUGCCGUGUUAUCCAGCAUGCUCCUAUUUGUAGUUGUCGCGCAGGAUUCACAGGCGAUGCCUUCUCACGCUGCUUACCCCUGCCACCCCCGAGACCACCGCAGUUGGAUGUAUACCGCAAUCCUUGUGUACCUUCGCCUUGUGGCCAGUAUGCAGAGUGUCGGGAUAACCAGGGCACUGCCACGUGCAGUUGUCUGCCCUCCUAUUUCGGCACCCCGCCCAACUGUCGCCCCGAGUGUACGAUAAACCCCGACUGUCCAUCUCAUUUGUCCUGCCAACAACAGCGUUGUCGCGAUCCAUGUCCUGGAGCCUGUGGAUUCAAUGCGCAGUGCACAGUUGUUAAUCACAAUCCGACGUGUCAGUGUGCUCCUGGAUUUAUUGGCAAUGCCUUUACAUCCUGUCAUGUUCCACCUCCAAUUGUUCGGGACUCACCUCAAAUAAUUGAUCCAUGCGAUCUUAUCACUUGUGGCCCCAAUGCUGUUUGCAAUCAGGGACAAUGUACUUGUCUGCCUGAAUUUGUGGGCAACCCACUAGUUGGAUGUCGUCCGGAAUGUGUGUUGAGCACAGAAUGCGACUGGAACAAGGCGUGCGUGAGAAACAAGUGCAUCGAUCCAUGUCCAGGAACUUGCGGAUCCAAUGCCAUAUGUGAGGUGCACAGACAUAUAGCCAUGUGUUAUUGUCCACCGGGAAUGACUGGAAAUGCAUUCAGCCAAUGCCUACCCUUGCCACCAGCUCCGGUACGCGAUGUUAUAGACCCUUGUCAGCCUUCGCCAUGUGGUCCAAAUGCCCAGUGUCGCAAUAUCAACGGACAAGCAGUGUGCUCAUGUCUUCGGGACUUCAUCGGAGUUCCACCUUCAUGUCGUCCAGAGUGCGUUAGUAAUUCCGAGUGCCCACUUCAUCUGGCUUGCCUCCAACGACAUUGCCGAGAUCCUUGCCCCGGAGUCUGUGGCCUGAAUGCCGAAUGCCGGGUCAUAAACCACAGCCCGAACUGCCAUUGCAUUGGUUCCUUUACGGGAAAUCCAUUUGCGGCUUGUCACCGGCCACCGCCGCCACCGAUUAGGCAUGAGCCCAUUGAUCCCUGUCAGCCAUCGCCAUGUGGAGCUAAUGCGGUAUGUCGUGUCCAGGGAAGCAAUGCUCAAUGCAGUUGUCUAAGUGGCUUCAUCGGAACACCACCCAACUGCCGACCCGAAUGCGUAUCCAACUCGGAUUGCCCCACGAAUCUGGCUUGCCUCAAUCAGAAGUGCCGAGAUCCCUGUCCAGGUGUCUGUGGCUCCAAUGCUGAAUGUUAUGUGAUUAACCAUACACCCAUGUGCAAUUGUCUUGCUGGACAAACCGGCAAUCCAUUCGUAAGCUGUCAAGUGGUGCGAGAUGUUCCCGAGCCACAAACUCCGUGUGUGCCCAGUCCAUGCGGAGCCAAUGCACUCUGUUCUGAGAGAAAUGGAGCCGGAGCCUGUCAAUGCCUUCCGGAAUUCUAUGGCAAUCCCUAUGAAGGCUGCCGACCGGAGUGCGUUCUCAAUUCGGACUGCCCCAGCCACUUGGCUUGUCUCAACCAGCAUUGCCGCGAUCCGUGUCCCGGAACAUGUGGUACCAACGCCGAAUGUCAAGUGCGCGAACACUUGCCCCAAUGCAACUGCCAUGUGGGAUAUCAGGGAAAUCCCUACGUUUACUGUAGUGUUCUGCGUGAUCCCCUGCCUGAACCAGUUCCCUCCCGCCCUUGUCAGCCGUCACCUUGUGGUCCAAACUCUCAGUGUCGGGAAUCGAACAACCAGGCAAUUUGCAAGUGUCUGCCCGACUUUAUUGGAUCCCCACCUGCAUGUAGACCCGAGUGCACCAUCUCCAGUGAAUGUGAUUUGACCCGGGCUUGUGUCCAACAACACUGUGUCGAUCCCUGUCCCGGUGUCUGCGGCAAUAGUGCCCAGUGUCGGGUCAUAAAUCACAGUCCUCACUGUAGUUGCUUGCCUGGUUUCACGGGUGAUGCCCUUAGUGGCUGCCAACGGAUUCCACCCGCAAUUACUCACGAUGCCCCCAAAGAGACCCCCCGCGAUCCCUGUGUCCCCUCCCCCUGCGGAUCCUUUGGACAGUGCCGUGCUCAAGGCAACCAGGCUAUAUGCUCAUGCCUUCCUGGCUACUACGGAGCACCUCCAAAUUGCAGGCCGGAGUGCGCAAUAAACCCGGACUGCGCCUCCCAUUUGGCGUGUAUCAGUGAAAAGUGUCGCGAUCCAUGUCCCGGUUCAUGUGGCCUGCAGGCCCAAUGCAGUGUCAUAAACCACACACCGAUCUGUAGUUGUCCAUCAGGUUAUGAGGGCAAUCCCUUCGUCAGCUGCCAACGAACUCCUCCACCGCCGACUCCGCCCCUUCGCGAUGCCUGCAAUCCCUCACCUUGUGGCUCCAACGCAAUCUGCAGCCCUGGAGGCCAGUGCUCGUGUCUGCCCGACUUUGAUGGCAACCCCUACGUGGGCUGCCGCCCUGAGUGCGUCCUCAACACGGACUGCGCCAGAGACAAAGCCUGCCAGCGCAGCAAGUGCACCGAUCCUUGUCCCGGAGCGUGUGGUAUUGGAGCCGUUUGCGAGGUUCGCAAUCACAUUCCCACAUGUAAUUGCCCACCCGGAACAACGGGCAAUGCUUUCGUUCAGUGUACCCUUGUGCAAUCUUCACCCGUGGUGCCCUUAAACCCUUGUCAACCAUCGCCGUGCGGAAAUAAUGCCCAAUGCCGAGAGGGUAACGAUCAAGCCGUUUGCUCUUGUCUACCCGGCUUCUUUGGUGUUCCACCGAAGUGUCGUCCUGAGUGCACCAUUAACUCAGACUGUGCCCCACAUCUGGCAUGCUUGAACCAACAGUGCCGGGAUCCUUGUCCUGGAGCUUGCGGCCAGUUCGCUCAAUGCCAGGUUAUCCGACAUGUGCCGCACUGUAGUUGUCCCGCAGGCUUCUCAGGCAAUGCUUUCUUCCUGUGCCAUCGGUUACCGCCUCCACCACCAGUCCAACUGGAACCGAUCAACCCAUGCUACCCAUCGCCUUGCGGACCCAAUGCAGAAUGCACAAAUCAGAAUGAACAGGCCAUUUGCAAGUGCCUGAAGGACUACAUAGGAACACCACCCAACUGUCGACCGGAGUGCAUAACGUCAUCAGAGUGUCCGAUUCAGCUGGCUUGUAUUGGUCAAAAAUGCAAGGAUCCUUGUUCUGGACUUUGUGGAACCGCUGCCACCUGUCAAGUUGUCAGCCACGUGCCUUCGUGCAUUUGCGUUGCGGACUAUAUUGGAGACCCUUACACGGGAUGCUAUGCCCGGCCGCCCAUUCAGCGAGAGCAAAUCAAUCCAUGCUACCAGAACCCGUGCGGAAGCAAUGCGGUCUGCAGAGAGCGUGGAGAGGUUGCUUCGUGCCAGUGUCUACCGGAAUAUUACGGUAACCCGUAUGAAGGAUGUCGACCCGAAUGUGUGCUUAACUCGGACUGUUCAAGCCACUUGGCUUGCCUCAAUCAACACUGUCGAGAUCCCUGUCCAGGAAGUUGUGCCCCCAAUGCCCAAUGUCAAGUAGUCAAUCACGUGCCCAGCUGUAGUUGUUAUCCUGGAUAUAGUGGCGAUCCCUAUCGCCAUUGCCAUUUUGUCCAGGCAGAACCCGUCCAAGUUGUGCACUUUAAUCCCUGCCAACCCUCGCCAUGUGGUCCCAAUUCACAGUGCACAGAGUCUCAGGGUCAAGCAGUGUGCCGCUGUCUACCCGACUACUAUGGUUCCCCACCUGCUUGUCGACCCGAGUGCACCACUAAUCCCGAAUGUCCCAAUGAUAAAGCCUGCGUGGGCAGAAGAUGUGCCGAUCCUUGUGCGGGUGCUUGUGGUCAGAACGCCAUUUGUCGAGCGCAUCAGCACAGAGCUUAUUGCUCGUGUCAUCCUGGUUAUACAGGUGAUGCCUUCAUGCGCUGCCAGCCCUUGCCUCCGCCCCAACUGAUUAGGGACUCAGCAGUAAUCUAUAGAGACCCCUGUGUGCCCUCGCCCUGUGGACAGUUUGCUCAGUGUCGCGUGGAGUACGAACAAGCGGUAUGCUCUUGUCUUACCUCCUACUAUGGUACUCCACCGUACUGCCGACCCGAGUGCACACAGAAUUCAGAUUGCCCCAGCCAUAGAGCCUGUGUCAAUCAAAGGUGCGUGGAUCCCUGCCCCGGGGCUUGUGGUCUAAACGCGCGCUGUGAUGUGCUCAAUCACGUGCCUAGCUGUUCAUGCCCCGAUGGUUAUGUAGGAGAUCCCUUCUAUCGCUGUUACCCUGCUCCUGCGCCUCCUCCAGCACCAUUUACCGUUGUAGCCGAUGAUCCUUGUCAGCCCUCACCAUGCGGUCCCAAUGCACAGUGUUCUAACGGUGUCUGUAGUUGUCUGCCCCUGUACCAGGGUGAUCCCUAUGUGGGCUGUCGCCCAGAGUGCGUACUAAGUACUGAGUGUCCGUGGGAUAAGGCCUGCAUCCGUAAUCGUUGCCUGGACCCGUGUCCCGGAACGUGCGGAUCAGGAGCCACAUGUCAGGUACACAAUCAUGUGGCCAUGUGUCAGUGCCCGGUUGGCUAUCAAGGCAAUCCUUUCGUCCUGUGCCAGCAGACACCUCUUCAAGCACCCGUGGAGCUCCAUCCCUGCCAGCCUUCACCUUGCGGACACCAUGGAGAGUGUCGGGAAGUUGGUUCGCAGGCCAUUUGCACUUGCCGUCCCGGUUAUUAUGGCAGCCCACCAGCAUGUCGACCCGAAUGUGUCAGCAAUCCAGAGUGUCCACCCAGUUUGGCCUGUGUAAAUCAGAAAUGCCGUGAUCCCUGCCCCGGUGCUUGUAAUCACCUAGCUCAAUGUCAUGUAAUUAACCACAGUCCACAGUGUGUUUGCCCUGCUGGAUACACCGGUAGUCCGUACUCCGAGUGCCACUUGAUUAGGGCGGAUUACGCACCAGUUCAGCGUCAACCAAUUGAUCCCUGUUUGCCAUCUCCCUGUGGUCCUCAUGCUCAAUGCAGUAAUGAGGGAGGCAACGCAGUUUGCCAAUGUCUGACGGAAUACCUGGGAGUACCGCCAUACUGUCGACCCGAAUGCAUUGCGAACAGCGAGUGUCCCAGUGACAGGGCAUGUAUUAAUCGGAAGUGCCAGGAUCCAUGUCCCGGCCUGUGCGGGUACAAUGCCAUUUGUAGAACGUACAACCACCAGCCAAACUGCGUUUGUGCUCCUGGUUUGGUGGGUAAUCCGUUCAACUCCUGUCUGCCCCCCACACGUCCUGAGAUUCCAUCAACACCUCCCACAACAGCCAUACAAGUGCUGCAGUAUGAGGAACCAUUCAUCAAUGGUUGUGAACCAAAUCCUUGUGGGGCAAACGCGCAAUGCAAUCAGCGAAGAGGAGUGGUCUCCUGCGUCUGUCUGCCAGACUAUUUUGGCAACCCCUACGAAGCCUGCCGACCCGAGUGUAUUCUGAACUCCGAUUGUCCCUCAAGUAGAGCUUGUGUACAACAGAAAUGUCGCGAUCCAUGUCCCGGAACUUGUGGCCUGAAUGCCGAGUGUCAUGUCCUUGAUCAUUUGCCACAGUGCAGGUGUUUCAGUGGGUACACUGGAAAUCCCUUGUCGUACUGCUCGCCUGUUCCAAUAAUCCAAGAAUCUCCCUUGACCCCCUGUGAUCCCUCACCUUGUGGACCCAAUGCCCAGUGUCAUCCGUCGCUUAAUGAGGCCGUGUGCUCCUGUUUACCCAAAUUCUAUGGCACCCCACCCAAUUGUCGACCCGAGUGUACUCUAAACUCGGAGUGUUCUUAUGAUAAGGCUUGCGUCCAUCACAAGUGCGUUGAUCCUUGUCCUGGAAUUUGUGGUAUUAAUGCGGAGUGUCGCGUGCACUAUCAUAGUCCCAUAUGUUAUUGCAUUUCUUCGCAUACGGGUGAUCCAUUCACACGGUGCUACGAAACCCCAAAACCUGUGCGACCCCAAAUAUAUGACACGCCUUCUCCUCCAUAUCCGGUCGCUAUACCCGAUCUGGUGUACGUGCAACAACAACAACCGGGAAUAGUAAAUAUUCCCUCUGCCCCUCAACCGAUAUAUCCUACGCCCCAGUCACCACAAUACAAUGUAAACUAUCCAUCUCCGCAACCGGCGAAUCCCGAAAAACCGGGAGUUGUGAAUAUACCAUCUGUGCCACAGCCAGUUUACCCAUCACCUCAACCACCUGUUUACCAUGUCAACUACGCAACAACGCCAGUUUCUCAACAACCCGGGGUCGUGAACAUUCCUUCGGCACAUCGACCGGUGCCUCCGACAUCUCAGAGACCUGUGUUUGUAACAUCGCCCGGCAACCCAACACCCACACCGCAACCUGGGGUUAUUAAUAUUCCUUCAGUUUCACAACCUGGAUAUCCAACGCCGCAAAGCCCCAUUUAUGAUGCAAACUAUCCUACUACUCAAAGUCCUAUUCCCCAACAACCCGGCGUAGUUAAUAUUCCAUCGUUGCCAAGUCCAGCAUAUCCUGCUCCAAAUCCGCCGGUGAACUAUCCAACGCCACCAUCACCUCAGAAACCAGUUCAACCGGGAGUUAUCAAUAUACCGUCUGCGCCGCAUCCAGCAACGCCACCACAACAUCCUCCCGUUUUUAUUCCGUCCCCUGAGAGCCCGUCAACAGCUCCAAAGCCUGGAGUAAUUAAUAUUCCAUCCGUAACGCAACCAGAAUACCCAACAUCGCAGGUUCCCGUUUAUGACGUCAAUUAUUCAACAACACCGUCUCCUAUUCCUCAAAAGCCUGGAGUGGUAAACAUUCCUUCAGCACCGCAGCCAGUGCAUCCUGCACCCAACCCACCAGUGCACGAAUUUAAUUAUCCAUCGCCGCCUUCAGUUGCUCAACAGCCAGGCGUUCUUAACAUACCAUCGUACCCAACGUCAGUGGCACCGACUCCUCAACCUCCUAUAUAUAUACCAUCUCAGGAGCAACCGAAACCAACCACCGGGCCGUCAGUUAUAAAUGUGCCUUCAGUUCCACAACCUGCUUAUCCUACGCCACAGGCACCUGUUUACGACGUUAACUAUCCAACACCUCCAUCUGCAAUACCACACCAACCUGGAGUAGUUAACAUUCCAUCGGUGCCACCACCACCGCCUCCAGUUAUGCAACGUCCCGUGUUUGUACCAUCACCAGCACAUCCUACUCCCGGUCCUCAGCCAGGUGUUGUUAAUAUACCUUCAGUGGUACAGCCCGUGCAUCCCACGUAUCAAUCUCCGGUUGUGGAACGGCCUGCUAUAUAUGACGUGUACUACCCGCCGCCGCCAUCUAGACCGGGUGUGAUCAAUAUUCCCUCGCCACCAAGACCCGUAUACCCAGUGCCACAGCAACCGAUCUACGUUCCGUCACCAGUUCUACAUAUACCAGCUCCAAGACCAGUAAUUCACAACAUUCCAUCAGUGCCUCAACCAACAUAUACACAUCGUAAUCCACCGAUUCAGGAUGUUACUUACCCAGCUCCACAACCAAGUCCUCCUGUACCAGGAAUAGUAAAUAUUCCAUCACUGCCUCAACCCGUAUCAACACCCACUUCUGGAGUGAUAAAUAUUCCCUCGCAAGCAUCACCACCGAUCUCAGUACCAACACCAGGAAUUGUAAACAUUCCAUCGAUCCCGCAACCAACGCCACAGCCUCCUUCACCUGGAAUUAUUAAUGUUCCUUCAGUGCCUCAACCGUUCCCAACUCCUCCUGCACCUGGAAUUAUUAACAUUCCUUCAGUGCCUCAACCGUUGCCAUCGCCAACUCCUGGUGUGAUCAAUAUUCCGCAACAACCAACGCCACCACCUUUGGUUCACCAGCCCGGAAUUAUAAACAUUCCGUCGAUACAACAACCAUCAACUCCAACCACUCAGCAUCCUAUACAGGAUGUUCAAUAUGAAACCCAGAGACCACAGCCUUCCCCUGGAGUUAUCAACAUUCCAUCUGUGCCACAACCUACGUAUCCAACUCAAAAGCCAUCUUACCAGGAUGUCAGUUACCCAACAGUACAGCCAAAGCCUCCAGUAUCUGGAAUUAUAAAUAUUCCCUCGGUGCCCCAGCCUUUUCCAUCAUCGACUCCUGGAGUGAUUAAUUUGCCUUCAGAGCCAUCUUAUCAAGCACCAAUUCCAAAGCCUGGCAUCAUCAACGUUCCCUCGAUACCGGAACCUAUACCAUCAACACCCCAAAAUCCUGUGCAAGAGGUUUAUCACGAUACUCAGAAGCCACAAGCGAUUCCCGGUGUGGUUAAUGUUCCAUCUGUUCCACAGCCAACACCAGGUCGCCCCCAUUACGAUGUGGCCAAACCAGAUUUCGAGUUCAACCCGUGCUAUCCAUCGCCGUGUGGUCCCUACUCUCAUUGUCACAAUCGAUUUGGAGUAGCUGCCUGUGUUUGCCUACCCAAUUACAGAGGAACUCCACCGAAUUGCCGACCAGAAUGCGUAAUUAAUUCGGACUGUCCAUCAUCUUUGGCCUGCAUUAACGAAAGGUGCCGAGAUCCUUGUCCAGGAUCUUGUGCUUACAAUGCCGUGUGCCGUGUGCAUGAACAUGUGCCUAAUUGUUACUGCCAGACUGGCUAUACCGGAAAUCCAUUUAUUUCCUGUCAACGUACACCUAUAGUUCCUAUUCAACGUGAGCCGAUUGAGGCGAAGGAUCCAUGUUAUCCAUCCAUUUGCGGACCAAACGCUGUGUGCAAUAAUGGAAAGUGCAGCUGCAUUCCUGAAUAUCGAGGAGAUCCCUAUGUUGGCUGUAGGCCAGAAUGUGUUCUUAAUACAGACUGCGCAAGGAAUAAGGCUUGCAUUCAACAAAAGUGCAAGGAUCCGUGUCCAGGCACUUGUGGACUACAGGCCUUGUGCCAUGUGUACAACCAUGUGGCGACCUGCUCUUGUCCGGAAGGAAUGCAGGGCGAUGCCUUUGUGAGAUGUGAUCCAAAACCCAAGCCUCAAUCCCAACCGCCAGCACCUACAACCUUGCCAGCCAUCGUGCUACAACGUGCUCCGAUUAAUCCCUGCGAGCCAACUCCCUGUGGACCCAAUUCCCAGUGCAGAGCAUAUCAUGAGCAGGCGAUUUGCUACUGCCUCCCGAAUUUCAUUGGCACGCCACCAGGCUGUCGCCCGGAGUGUACCUCCAACUCGGACUGUCCCCUCGACAAAUACUGUCUGAAUCUCAGGUGUCGCGAUCCUUGUCCCGGAGCUUGUGGCAUUCGUGCCAUUUGUCAUGUCCAGAACCACGGUCCCUUGUGUGUGUGUCCACCCCAUUUGACGGGUAAUCCCCUACUGGCCUGUCAACCCAUAGUUAUUCCCCCCGUAGAGCGCGAUGAAGUGAAUCCCUGCCAGCCCUCGCCUUGUGGCCCGAAUUCCGAGUGCCAAGCCACGUCCGGCGGAGCUCGCUGCUCUUGCCUACCCCAGUACCAUGGCACCCCGCCCUUCUGUCGGCCGGAGUGCGUGAACAGCGCUGACUGUCCGGCGGACAAGGCGUGCCGUAACUACAAGUGCAUUGAUCCCUGCCCCGGCAGCUGUGGUUUCUCAGCUCUCUGUCGUGCGGUGGCCCACAGUCCUGUGUGCUAUUGUCCCGAGGGCUAUGUGGGCAAUGCCUACAGCCUUUGCUCUCGACCAGAGCCGAGUCCACCUGCCGUGGUGAUCCUGCCUUGCAAUCCCAGUCCCUGUGGCGUAAACGCAUUCUGUCAGCCGCACAACGACUUGAGCGUUUGCCAAUGCCUACCGGGUUACUAUGGCAAUCCCUCUGAGAUUUGCAGACCCGAAUGCACCGUCAACUCGGACUGUCCAAGCCACAUGGCUUGCAUGAGCGAAAAGUGUCGCGAUCCUUGUCCCGGCGUUUGUGGUCUUAAAGCCCUCUGUCAGGUCAUUAACCACAGCCCAGUUUGCGAAUGUCACAGGGGCCAUGUGGGCAAUCCCUAUCACAGCUGUCACAUACCACAGCGUGAACCCCCUGCACCGGAAUACGUAAACCCCUGUCAGCCGUCGCCUUGCGGUGCCAAUUCUCAGUGUCGCGAGUCCCAGGGGCAGGCUAUCUGCUCCUGCCUCCCGGAGUUUGUGGGCACACCGCCCUCGUGUCGUCCGGAAUGUGUGAUCAGCGCCGAGUGUCCAGCGGAUAGAGCGUGCAUUAACCAGAAGUGCCAGGACCCUUGUCCAGGAGCAUGUGGCUUGAAUGCCCAGUGCCAUGUGCGCAAUCACAGUCCGCUGUGCUCGUGUCAGCCCGGAUUCACCGGAGAUGCUUUGACCCGCUGUCUGCCAGUACCGCCUCCAAAACCGCCGAAAUCGAAUGAUAUCCGCGAUCCUUGCGUGCCAUCACCUUGUGGACCCUACUCCCAAUGCCGGGUGGUUAAUGGCGGAGCUAGUUGCAACUGCCUUCCCAAUUAUGUGGGAGCGGCGCCCAACUGCCGUCCGGAAUGUACCAUCAAUGCGGAGUGUCCCAGUAAUCUGGCCUGCAUCAACGAGAAGUGUCGCGAUCCUUGUCCUGGAGCCUGUGGCUUUGCUGCCCAGUGCAGUGUCAUCAAUCAUACGCCCAGUUGUUUGUGUCCCGCUGGUUACACAGGAGAUCCGUUCUCCAGCUGCCGAGUUCUGCCACCACCACCGCCUCCGAAGACUCCCUCCGAUCCCUGCCAGCCUUCGCCCUGCGGAGCCAAUGCUCUGUGCAACAAUGGCCAGUGCUCUUGCCAUUAUGGUGAUCAUGGUGAUCCUUACACUGGAUGCCGUCCCGAAUGUGUUUUGAACUCUGAUUGUCCCAGGAAUAGAGCGUGUGUCAACCAGAAGUGCGUUGAUCCUUGCCCAGGUCACUGUGGUCUCAAUGCUCUCUGCGAUGCCGUUAACCACAUUGCCAUGUGCCACUGCCCCGAGCGGAUGACGGGCAAUGCGUUCGUGUCCUGUCAGCCAAUUCGCGAUGAUCCACCACCUCCAACGAUAUCCAAACCAUGCCAACCCUCGCCGUGCGGAGCAAAUGCCCAGUGUCUAGAGAGGAAUGGCAACGCCAUCUGUUCUUGCCUAGCCGGAUACUUUGGUCAGCCGCCCAAUUGCCGUUUGGAGUGCUACUCCAGCUCUGAUUGCUCCCAAGUGCACAGCUGCAUUAACAACAAGUGUGUGGACCCGUGUCCAGGCAAAUGUGGUCUAAAUGCAGUGUGCCAGGCGAUCCAGCACAGAGCCCAUUGCGAGUGCGUCCCGAGAUACACAGGAAAUGCGUUUGUGCGGUGCAACCCCAUUCCAGUUCCCAGAGUACCAGAACCAGUGCGCGAUCCUUGCCAACCCUCACCCUGUGGUCCCAACUCGCAGUGCACGAAUGUAAAUGGACAAGCGGAGUGUCGCUGUCUGCAGGAGUUCCAGGGUACCCCGCCAAAUUGCCGACCAGAGUGUGUAAGCCACGAUGAGUGUGCCAAUACCCUGGCCUGCAUGAACCAGAAGUGCCGCGAUCCCUGUCCCGGAAGCUGUGGCCAGAGUGCCCAGUGUACGGUCAGCCUUCACAUUCCGAACUGUCAGUGUCCCGUGGGCAUGACGGGUGAUCCAUUCCGAAUUUGCCUGCCCAAACCACGUGACGAACCAAAGCCACCACCAACUCCCAAGAAUCCUUGCUACCCUUCGCCCUGCGGAACCAAUGCCGUGUGCCGCGUUCAAGGAGAGAACUACGUCUGCGAGUGCAGCCAACUGGAGUACAUCGGCAAUCCCUACGAGGGUUGUCGCCCCGAAUGUGUGGGCAACUCCGAGUGUCCGGCCAAUCAGGCUUGCAUCCGCAGCAAGUGCCAGGAUCCUUGUCCAGGAGUUUGCGGACUGGAGGCCAUUUGCACCAUGAACAACCACAUACCGAUCUGCUCCUGCCCGCCGGGCUACACUGGCAACGCGUUUGCUCAGUGUACCCGUCAGGUAACACCACCUCCUCCCUCGGAUCCUUGCUACCCGUCCCCGUGUGGACCCAAUUCGAUUUGCCGAAUUCAGAACGAGAAGGCCGUGUGCGAGUGCCUGCCCGGUUUCUUCGGAAAUCCGCUGGCCCAGGGAUGUCGCCCUGAAUGCACCCUCAGUUCGGACUGUGCCAAGGAUCGGGCUUGCAUCAACUCCAAGUGCGUGGAUGCCUGCGUGGGAGAGUGUGGAUUCGGAGCUGUUUGCCAGACGAUCAACCACAGCCCGGUGUGUAGUUGCCCUGCCAACAUGGUGGGCAAUCCGUUCGUCCAGUGCGAGGAACCACGCCAGGCUGAGCCUAUCGAUCCCUGCCAGCCUUCGCCGUGCCGAAGCAAUGGAAUCUGUCGCGUUUACAAUGGAGCUGCCACCUGCAGUUAUCCGGAAUGCGUUAUCAACGAGGAUUGUUCCCGCGACAGGGCGUGUGUUAGCCAAAAGUGCCGUGACCCUUGCCUGAAUGCCUGUGGCAUCAAUGCCAUCUGUCGGGCCAUCAACCACAAGGCUGUUUGCAGCUGUCCACCGGAGUUCUACGGUUCUCCGUACGCUCAGUGUCUGAGGCAGCUACCGGAGCCAGAGCCCAAACCGGAAUGCAUCAGUGACGGUGAUUGCACCAAUGACAAGGCCUGCAUCAACCAAGUUUGCCGCAAUCCAUGCGAGCAAUCGAACAUCUGCGCCCCACAGGCGCGUUGCCAUGUCCAGCUCCACCGGCCAUUGUGCGUCUGCAAUGAGGGAUAUACUGGAAAUGCCUUGCAGAACUGCUACCUUCUGGGAUGCCGAUCGGACGGUGAAUGUGCCGCCAACGAGGCUUGUGUUAACCAGCAGUGCGUUGAUCCUUGUGGUUUCACACAGUGCGGAUCGGGAGCCAUUUGUCGGGCUGACUUCAAUCACCGAGCUAGGUGCCAUUGCCUGGAGGGAUACCGCGGCAAUCCUCUGGUGCGUUGCGAACGUCCAGAGUGCCGAUCCGAUGACGAAUGUGCUUACCACCUCGCCUGCCGUAAUGAACGUUGCGAAGACCCGUGCAACUGUGGCAUUGGAGCCCAGUGCCGCGUGGAGAACCAUCGUGCUCAGUGCCGUUGUCCAGCUGGCUUCAGUGGCAACCCGACCGUAAGAUGUGAUCUUGUGCCAACACAACCGGAGGGCUGCACCAUGGAUGCGGAGUGUCCCAGCAAACUGGCCUGCUUCGGCGGCGAGUGCAAGAACCCGUGCGAUGUCACGCAUCCGUGUGGCGCCAAUGCCAUCUGCGAAGUGGUCGACACACUGCCUCUGCGCACCAUGAUGUGCAGCUGCCUACCUGGCUAUGUGGGUGAAGCCGACAUUGGAUGUCACAAAGAACCCCCACCUGAUCAGGGCUGUACGUCACAUGAUCAGUGCCAGGAUACGGAAGCCUGUCGUGGCGGAAACUGCGUCAAUCCCUGCCUGGAUGCAUCGCCUUGCGCUCGAAGCGCCCAGUGUUUGGCCCAACAACAUCGCGCCAUUUGCAGCUGUCCAGAGAGGACACAGGGAGAUCCAUUCACCAACUGCUACGAGCUACCUGAAAUCAAGACUGGCUGCACCCACGAUUCGGAAUGCCAGCCGACCACGGCCUGCAUCAAUAAACGUUGCCAGGAUCCUUGUGCCGAGGCCAAUCCAUGUGCCGGAAAUGCCGAGUGCCGCGUCCAGAACUCCCGACCUAUUUGCUUCUGUCCAGCUGGUUGGGGUGGUGACCCACAAGUUCAAUGCUACAAACCUGAAUGCAAGAUCAACGCCGACUGUCCGUAUGACAAGACCUGCUUGAACGAAAACUGCGUAGAUCCCUGCACUCAUGGCCAAGUGCGUUGCGGCAAUGGGGCCCAGUGCCUGGCUCAGAACCACCAAGCUGUGUGCAUCUGUCCAACCGGAACUCAGGGAAAUCCCUUCAUCUCCUGCAUCACUGGACACUGCCAGUACAACGAGGAUUGUGCGGAUCACGAAGCCUGCGAUCGAUUGAAUCGCGUUUGCCGACCGGUUUGCGAUCAGGAGACCUGUGCCCUAAACGCCAUCUGUGUGGGUCGUCGCCAUCAGCCGCAGUGCGAGUGCCGACCCGGUUACCAGGGCAAUCCACAUGUGCAGUGCGAUAUACCAGUGAAGACGCCCAAGCCCCAGUGCAUCCAGGAUGCGGACUGUCCAUCGAAAUUGGCUUGCAUCAAUGAACGCUGCGCAGAUCCUUGCGCCACGCCUCAUGUUUGUACUCCGCAGCAGACUUGUACGGUCUUGGAUACCCUUCCAAAGCGAGCCAUGGCAUGCAAGUGCCCCGGCGAUACAGUGACAGAUAUCUCACGCAACUGCGUGCCCAUCACUGUACCAAAGGUAAUCUCCGGCUGCCAGCACAAUUCUGAGUGCGCCAAUACAGAGGUCUGUUCGCAUGGAAACUGUCUGGAUGCCUGCCGACUGGAGAGAUGUGGCGUCAAUGCCCAGUGUACAGCUCGGGAUCACUAUGCUCAGUGCAACUGCCCAAAGGGCUUCCAAGGCAAUCCCCGCAUCGAAUGCUACACUACAGAAGUUGAUUUACCACGAAUCCCCAAUCCUGGCUGCUCCCGCAACGACGACUGUCCCAGGGACCAGAUUUGUCGCAACGAGAUUUGCAUCAGUCCAUGUGCCGCGGAUGACUGUGGAAUUGGUGCCUACUGCCAUGUGCAGCAGCGAAAGGCCAUCUGCCGCUGUCCACCAGAUUAUUCCGGUAACCCACAAGAGCGCUGCCUGCCACCUUCCGAUGUGAUACUGGUGGGCUGCAAGUCUAGCACAGACUGCCCCUCGAACGAGGCCUGCAUCAACACCCAGUGCGCCAGUCCUUGCAACUGUGGACCCAAUGCCGAGUGCACGGUGAAGAAUCACCAUCCGAUCUGCUACUGCAAGCCUGGAUUCUCCGGAAAUGCUCAGUUUGGAUGUGAACCCAUUGGCUGCCAGUCGGAUGACGAGUGCAGCGGAGACAAGCAGUGUGUGAACCGCGAAUGUAUCAAUCCCUGCCUGGCCAGCGAUCCUUGUGCCCUUAAUGCCGAGUGUUACGGACGUAACCAUCGCGCCAAUUGCCGCUGUCCCGUGGGAUUGGAGGGUGAUCCGUUUGUGCGUUGCUUGCGCUUGGAAUGCCACUCGGACUACGACUGUGCAUCGAACCUGGCCUGCGUGUCAAACGAAUGUGUUAGCCCAUGUGGUCAACGUAAUCCGUGCGCCCAGAAUGCCAUUUGUCAGGCUCUGCAGCAUCGCGCUGUUUGCCGUUGUCCGGAUCAGUUGCCAUUGGGUAACCCGUACGCUUAUUGCGAACCCAGACCUGUUGAGCCCGUCUGCCGGGAUGAUGGAGAUUGCCCAAGUAAACUGGCCUGCAUCGACGACAAGUGUCAAGAUCCGUGCGCUGUGCUCUCACCAUGCCAUCCAACUGCUCAGUGCAGUGUCCUCAAUAGUGUUCCAGUACGAACUAUGGUUUGCGAGUGUGCCGAGUACGAGGUGCCCGAUGCCAGUGGAGCGUGCCGUAAGAUGGUGCCGCCCAGGCAACCUGGCUGCGAGAGCGACCAGGACUGUCCCGACCAAGAGGCCUGCAUACACGCUCAGUGCCGCAAUCCAUGCAACUGUGGAACUAACGCCGUCUGCCAAGUCACUCAACAUCGCGCCGUAUGCAGUUGCCAGGACGGAUUUGAGGGUAAUCCGUAUGCCUCCUGUCGAUCCAUUGGAUGUCGCGUGGACGGUGAGUGUGAUUCGGGCAAGGCCUGCAUCAACGGUGACUGCAUUAACCCAUGCCUGAUCAACGAUCCCUGUGGACCCAACGCCGAGUGCUACGUGCAAUCGAACCGUGCCCAGUGCCGCUGCAUGAGUGGCUAUCGAGGAAAUCCCUACGAGCGUUGUCGUGUCAUUGGAUGCAGCAGCAACAACGACUGUCCCAAGGACAAGACCUGCCAGAACGAGCAGUGCGUGAAUCCCUGCGUCUACCACAACCCGUGUGCCCCGCGUGCGGAGUGCAGGGCUCAGAGCCAUCUUGCCGUGUGCCGCUGUCCUGCCGAUUUCCUGGGCAAUCCAUACGUGGACUGCCGACCGCCGCCACAGCCCAUCUGCCAGUUGGAUACUGAUUGUCCCGGUCGCCAGGCCUGCAUCAACGAACAGUGCGUGGAUCCAUGCGUUGUAUUGGAACCGUGCCAACGGCCUGCUAUCUGCGAGGUGACUCCUACCUCACCGGUGCGUACAAUGCUAUGUAUCUGUCCGGAUGGCUAUGUCAGCAGAGGAAAGGGAGGCUGUAAGCCUACGCCAGGAAUCAAGGAGGUUGGAGGUUGCAUCUCGGACUCAGAUUGCCCGGCAGACAAGUCCUGCCUGAACAGCGUCUGCCGAGAUCCUUGCAACUGUGGCUUGAAUGCCGAAUGCCGUAUUAAGGACCAUAAACCCGUAUGCACUUGUCGCCAAGGAUUUGAGGGUAACCCAGAGUUUGAGUGCUCCAAGAUCGAGUGCAGUAUCAACUCAGAUUGCCCGGGUACUCACGUGUGCCGCAACCAGCUCUGCAUUCCUGCCUGUCAGGGUGAACAGUGUGGAUCCAAUGCCCAGUGCUUGGCCAUCGAGCAUCGUGCAGUAUGCGAGUGCAUCCCAGGACAUGGUGGAAAUGCCAGGAUUGCUUGUACUCCGUUGGGAUGUCGCUCAGACGACGAAUGUCCAACGGACAAGGCGUGCGUCAAUGGCAAAUGUGAUGAUCCUUGUACAACAACUGCUUUAUGUGCCCAGGACGAGCUGUGCAAGGUGUAUCAUCACCGACCACAGUGCGCCUGUCCACCAGGAACCGUGCCCGGAAAGAAUGGCUGCGAAUCGGAGCGACACAUUCCCAUCUGCAUAAGCGAUGCGGACUGUCCCAGCCAGAAAGCCUGUCUGCGCGGAGAGUGUGUGAAUCCGUGCAAUGCCACCCAACCAUGCGGAGUCAAUGCCUUCUGCAGUGUCCGUGAUACCUUGCCCGUGAGGACGAUGAUCUGUGAGUGCCUUGAAGGCUACACUGGCAACCCAGCCGUGCAGUGCGACAAGCGUUCGCUGUGCGUCAUCGAGAAGGGCUUCGUUCGAGAUGUGGAUGGACAAUGUGUUUGCCCACCUGGAACCGCUUUGGAUAUCUACGAAUACUGCACCCCAUGCCGAGAGGAGCAAGGCUUCCGUAUCGACGAGAGUGGUCACUGUGUGUGCGCCUUGGAGCGCGGAAUGGUGAUCGAUGAGCGCGGCCGUUGCACUUGCCCCAUUGAUCUGGGCUACCGUCUGACUCCACGUGGCGAAUGCCAGCCGGAGGAGCCGCCAGAGUGCACGAGCAAUGAUCAGUGCGCCGACAACCGAUUCUGCAACCUAGACACCAAAACCUGUGAAGAUCCCUGCCUGACCAAGGUGUGCGGAGUGAAUGCCUUCUGUAACGCGGUGAAUCACCGAGCCCAGUGCCAGUGCAUCACCGGUUACACGGGCAAUCCGGAGCUACACUGCAACCACACUAACUUCCGCACCGAUUUCCCACGACCCGAUAUGGUGGUCAGUUGUCUUGCCGAUGGCGUUCAAGUAGAGAUCCACAUCACGGAGCCAGGAUUCAACGGAGUGCUAUACGUUAAGGGUCACAGCAAGGACGAGGAGUGCCGUCGGGUGGUCAACCUGGCUGGCGAGACUGUUCCUCGUACCGAGAUCUUCCGUGUCCACUUCGGUAGCUGUGGCAUGCAGGCUGUAAAGGAUGUGGCAAGCUUCGUGCUGGUCAUCCAGAAGCAUCCCAAGCUGGUCACUUACAAGGCACAGGCCUACAACAUCAAGUGUGUCUACCAGACUGGCGAGAAGAAUGUCACCCUAGGAUUUAACGUAUCCAUGCUGACGACUGCCGGAACAAUUGCCAACACAGGACCGCCGCCGAUCUGCCAGAUGCGCAUCAUCACCAACGAAGGCGAAGAGAUCAACUCUGCAGAGAUCGGCGACAAUCUCAAGCUGCAAGUGGAUGUGGAGCCAGCCACCAUUUAUGGAGGCUUCGCCCGCUCUUGUAUUGCCAAAACCAUGGAGGACAAUGUACAGAACGAGUAUCUGGUCACGGAUGAGAAUGGCUGUGCCACGGAUACCAGUAUCUUUGGAAACUGGGAGUACAAUCCGGACACGAACAGCCUGCUGGCCAGUUUCAAUGCCUUCAAGUUCCCAUCGAGCGAUAACAUCCGCUUCCAGUGCAACAUACGAGUCUGCUUUGGACGCUGUCAACCCGUCAAUUGUGGUGGCUACAACGCCUUCGGGCGACGUCGCCGCUCCAUUGCGGACAACUCCACCGAUGCGACCGCCAUUGCCACGAAUUCGGGUGUGGAGGGUCAACUGCGCGAAGAGAUCACAAUCUCGUCAAAUGCCAUUUUGACAUUCGAGAAGCGCAGCGGUCAAGGUCUCAAUGAUGCCAACAUAAAACCGGCGGCUCAAAGGGUAGAGGAUAUCUGCGUGUCUAUGGUGGGACUGAUCAUUGCGCUGGUCAUCACGGCACUGCUGGCUCUUGUGGCCGUUGCCGUGGCAGUUUCCUGCUGGCUAAUGGCCUACAGGAGGAGGCCCAAGACAAUUGCGCCCCUGCCCCAUCCGCCAGAGUUCCCCAAUCCGCUGUUUUCCAAUCCCGACGCAGUGCCCGAGCCAACGCCGGAUUACAUAUCCUAAACGUAACGUAACAAUACACUGAUACACAACACCUAGCUAUAUCUUUAGUAUGUAAGAGAAUCGAAUGAAAAUGAAAAAGAAAACAUUGUGUAUAUUUGAAAGGCAAGUGCAAAAGGUUAUGAAUUAUGCAAUACAGAUUAAAUCGCGAAAGAUUAUCAAGAUUGAAGAAAAGAAAAACAAAAGUAAAGUUGUGAGCUGAAAGUAUAGUCGGCUCCAUUGGCCGUAAAACGAAACUAUGAAAGAUUGAAUUAUUGUAAAAAGUAAAAAAUGACGAAGCAAGAAUCGCAUCAAGAAUGCACGAAAGUAAUAUAGUAGCUUAAGAAAAUAAUUUUAUUAAUUGUAAUAACGAUUAGUAUUCUCCUUCCUACUAACAUGAGAAUUCCGCGUAGUGUUUGUACGUUUAGCUGCCCCAUAGAGACCACCAACUGCCAAAACAGAUGUGAGGGAAUUCACCCAUAGAGAGUGCAGCUACAAACGAAUUCUCGUCCUCUAACGACAACUUCUUCAUUAGUCGAGUACCAAUAUUAAUUCUGUUAUAUAUGUAUAACUAAAGACUUCCUAUAAAUAUUUAGGGUGUGGGUAGUAGCAAUGACACUUUGUAUUAUAGCACAGACACACGCACACACAACUGCAACUACUUCCUGUAAUUUAGAUACCAACUCAACUCGCCCGUUAAAAUUGAAAACUGCCUUUGAUUUCCAACAAGAAAAACGAACAAUGCACCCCAGAAUACUCUCUAGCAUAAUAUAUGUAAGAGAUCGUUGGGCCUCGGUCUAUAAGAUACUUUUCCGCGUCUAUCAUCCAUAACCACUGGACAAUAUGCCAACGAUUGUCCCAGUUGGAUUGUAGGCAAGCUCAAGAGUCAAAACACACACACACACACACAAAUCUCGAAGAAAUCAGACCACUCCAACCGGCUUAUAGACGUGGGAACAGUUUCAUCUGGAUCUAGGCACCAACUCGUUGAGGGAACAUAACUAUAACUGCCACUGAGGCGUCAUCAGCGCACAAAAGAUACUUAUCUAUUGCAUAGGAAAUACUAGGUUUGUUUUAAUUUUAAUCGCAACACCGACUAAUGGAGGAUUUGAUUUUGACCACUGUCCCUCGACCACUUACUUGUACUACACUCUACUAUGAUUAACCAUUAUUUUUGUAGUUUUAUAGUCAAUUAAUAUUAAAUUGUUGUGAUUGUUUUUAAUGCAAAAGAGAUACUUCCACUAACUUACUAAUAUGUAGAGACAAAAGUAUAGAGCGUACUUAAAAAGGCAACGAACCAGCGCCCUUGUUCCUGCCCCUGCCCUAACCCCUUGCCAUUCUCCAUCGGGAACAGCGCGCAGCUGUCAACGCGCCGGAAACUAUGCAGCGAAUUUCCGUUUCCGGCGCCCGUUUCACAGAGCAUGUCUUUUCCCGAUGCAAUUGUAGCUGGUGGGAUGGCGGGUCUCGGGAUCGGGCCUGGAUAAAUAAAUUAUUGAAAAUGAAGUUUUAAAUUAAUAUUAUUAAACGUAAACAAAAUGUAUAGUCACUACUUUAAGAAGAAAGAGAAAUUUCUUUAUAGUAAAAUACCAUACAAAAUAAACUCGCACUCAGACACGUACACAAAGAGACAGAAUUUGUAAAUAAUACACAGGCAAACUCUAUGGUAUUUUUAAAUAGCGCAUUAUUGUGUAUAGGUUUCAGCACCUCGACUCCCAAAUCCGAACUAAAUCACAGGCUAACCCUAACCCAUGCCAGGCAUAAAAUUAUUUUCUUAAUUCCAUAGCCAAUAUGAAUAUGCAAGCAAGUGCACAAACUAGCAACCGCCUCGUUCACAAUUACCAAACACUUUUAUUUUUCUUCACAAGAACCGCUUCGAAAUCGUACCCUAAAUAGAGUUACAUUGAACAUAGACAGAACUUUUGCACUGGCAGCAAAUAUAAAUGAGAAAAUAAUAAGGAAUAAGAAUGGCUCUUAUUGUAAAAAGAAAGCAAUAGUUAAAUUGUACUUAUAAAACGUGUAUUUAAUAACGAGAAACGAACAUACUUGUAAUCGCUUAUUGUAAACUAAUAAAUAAAUAAAUAAAUAAAUAUAAAUCAACAAUCA